AAGUCCAUUGCGAGGGCCAUGCUGGGGGAAGCCGCGCUGCCCGGGCUCUUCCUCCUCCUCCUCCUGCAGCUGCCGGGCUGGGGGGCUGCCCUGCCCCGAGCGCAGCUCUUCCCCUUCGGGCCCCCGCGCGGCGACCGGCAGCUGCCCGACGGCGACGACGAGACCUCGGCUCCCGUGCAGCUGCCCAGCCCGCUGCUCUACUACGAGACCCGAUUCAGCCAGGUCUAUGUAAGUCCGACGCCCCAUAGAGAGAGAGAGAGAGAUCGGGGGACUUGGGGGGAGAGGAGCAGGGCAUUCGUCUAGGGCAGCCUUCGCCCAGCGGGUGCCCCGCAGAUCUUGUUGGACGGGACGGGGAUGGAUGUGCCCUGCAGCAGUGGCGUAGUGUGGGUUGUCAGCACCCGGGGCAAGGCAAGUAAUUUGCGCCCCCUAACCCAGUAGGGGCAGAGAGGUGCGAGUGCGCCCCCCAGAUGUUGCGCCCGGUGCGGCCAGCCCCCUGCACCCCACGCUACGCCACUGCCCUGCAGAUGUUGGGCGGGGCUGAUGGGGGUUGUGCCCUCCAGAUGUUGGAUGGGGCUGUACCCUCCGGAUUUUGGUGGGCAGGGCGUUUGGGUGUUGUCUGUGCCCUCCAGAUAUUGGGGGCUGGCGGGGCUUUCUCGUGCCCUCCAGAUGUGCCGUCCGGGGCGGAUGGGAGUUGCCAUCCAUCAACAUCUGGAGGGCACCAGCUUGGCAAAGGCUGGUGUCAGGCUCCUGGUUGGAGGAUGGUGCCAGCCCCAGGGAGAAGCCAAGGACUCACCCCCCCCCCAUGGCACCACCACCCUGCUGAGCCAGCCCAGAGCUGUGCCAGAUGCCAGAGGCAGGGAGGGGUCCUUGGCCGGGCAUCUGUUUGCCCAGGACAUUCCUGGGCACUCAAUAAGAACUCUGUGUGUCCCUUUCCGAAUAUCUUUUUCCAAGCCGGCGCUCCGUCCCUCGACAGACACUGCAGAAUCUCUGUCGCCAAUUCCUCUCCAGUGAUGACACAUUCAUUUAGCUGGGUGGCCUUUUGGCCUUUGCAAACCGAGGACCUGUCUUGAGACCCUCCCCCAAUGCAGUUGGGGGUAUCCAAUGCUCCCCCUGCUCAGAGUAGCUGCAUUGAAACAGACAGACAUAGCAAACGUGGGUCAAUUAAUUUUGAUGCUCUGCUGCAAGCACAACCCUGUGUAAAUGUAGGGUGGUUGUGCUGCUGUGGUGACCCACUUUGGGUCCGGCUUUGAGCUGGCAGCUGGUCCCGAUCCACCGAUUGAAGGCUAACGGUCGAAUUCUGCCACAUCUCUCCACAUCUACUUAUUUGAAAAAUAGGAAAAAAAUGCAAACGAAAACCUGCUAGAUUUUAAUAACUAAAAGGAAAUAAAAUCAACAGCUUUUCAUCUGCAGAUGUGUUUUCUUAACCUUGAUAGUGAGUUGGUGCUGCUCCCAUUUUAUGGAUGAGAAACUGAGGCUGAAAGGCAGCAGCCUGCCCACAGCCUCCUGUGGCAGAAGCAGACACACAGUUUCCUUGUGAGUAAGGUUGUUAUUGUUGAGCCUGGAAGUUCCCAGGCUCCAUUCUUAUCCACAGUUGUAAACUCACAAGGCAGCCUUGAGCAAACCUCCACUUUCCUAGCUGCCUCCCACUUAAUCUGGGGAAUUUUCCUUGCAGGGUUGUUUUAAGGAUUCCUGCAGAAUGCUCUGAUUAUUCUGGGCACCACAGUUCAAGAAGGACACUGACAAACUGGAACGUGUCCAGAGGAGGGCAACCAAAAUGGUCAAAGGCCUGGAAACGAUGCCUUAUGAGGAACGGCUAAGGGAGCUGGGCAUGUUUAGCCUGGAGAAGAGGAGGUUAAGGGGUGAUAUGAUAGCCAUGUUCAACUAUAUAAAAGGAUGUCACAUAGAGGAGGGAGAAAGGUUGUUUUCUGCUGCUCCAGAGAAGCGGACACGGAGCAAUGGAUCCAAACUACAAGAAAGAAGACUCCACCUAAACAUUAGGAAGAACUUCCUGACAGUAAGAGCUGUUUGACAGUGGAAUUGGCUGCCAAGGAGUGUGGUGGAGUCUCCUUCUUUGGAGGUCUUUAAGCAGAGGCUUGACAACCAUAUGUCAGGAGUGCUCUGAUGGUGUUUCCUGCUUGGCAGGGGGUUGGACUCGAUGGCCCUUGUGGUCUCUUCCAACUCUAUAAUUCUAUGAUUCUAUGAUUUUUAUGGGCUGCUUGCAAGUGCAGUUUUUAAGCACUAUACGGACGUAUUAUUUUAUUUCUGUACCUACCCCUCCUCCCAUCUGGGACCUCAAGGCAGUUUAUCAUGCAGUAAAAUCUCUGUCGCAAAAAUAUUUCACAAUUGCAUUAAAGACUGCAAUCUAACAUUUGCAAUUGCUGGGUCCCGGGGAUGCUAAAUCCCCGAAGGCUCAGGUGAAUAAAAUAAGCCCAUAACUGGUGCAUAAAAGGGAGUACAGUGGACGCUCGGGUUGCGAACGUGAUCCGUGCAAGAUGCACGUUUGCAACCCGCAGCGGCAUGUCUGCGCAUGCUCGGGUUGCGAUUCAGUGCUUCUGCACAUGCGCGACCGCCGAAACCCAGAAGUAACCCGUUCCGGUUUUCGGCAGUCCGCAACCUGCAAAAACGCAACCUGAAGCAUCUGUAACCUGAGGUAUAAUUGUAACGAGGAGGACAGCAGCGUUUCCCAAGGGAAGGAGCUCAGAAUCUGGGAGUCACCAUGGAGAAGGCUGUCCCACCCCAAACUUUCCCUAGUGGUGACACCAACUGAUCUCAUUCCACAGGCCAGUCAGUAUUAAUUUCCCUGAUUAUCUCUCCGGCAACUGGGACCUAAAUCUUUCUUACAUUUCUCCAUCCAGCUACGAGUAAGCAAUUAGAUGCCUGUGAUUCACUUAAUGCAUAAAUUUGCCCAAUUCUCUUUUAAAGCCAUCUAAAGGUCAGGGUCCAUCACUGCCUCAUGUGGCAGGGAGUUCCAGGGUUUAACUCUGCGCUGUGUAAAGACUAUCUUUUCUCUGCCCCAAAUCUUCCAACAUUCAUUGGAUGUCCACAAGUUAUCGUGUUACACGAGAGGGAGGGAAGCUUUUUCUCUCCAUUCUCUCCAUGCCAUGCAUAAAUUUAUAAAAUUCUAUCAUGUUGCUCCUUCCUUGCUUUUUCUUUAAAUGAAAAAGUCCUAAAUGCUGCAACCAUUCCUCAAAGGGCAGUUGCUCUGUCCCCUCCACCAUAUUGGUUGCCAUUUUCUGAACCUUUCCCAACUCUACCGUAUCCUUUUGAGGUGAGGAAACCAGAACUGUACAAACGGUUAGCCCAGAGAUGGAAGGAAGUUCCCCCCAGAGAGGAAUGGAAGAUCAAACUGAUAGUCCAUGUGGAGAUGGCGGAAAUGACUGGGGAAAUCAGAAACCAGGAAGAAGAGAAUUUCAAUAAAGAAUGGGGGGAAUUUAUAACUUACCUUGGAGACCACUGGAAACAGUUGAGCUCCUAAGCAGGAUUUAAAUAACACUUAUAACGUAACAGGGACGCGGGUGGCGCUGUGGGUUAAACCACAGAGCCUAGGGCUUGCCGAUCAGAAGGUCGGCAGUUCGAAUCCCCGUGAUGGGGUGAGCUCCCGUUGCUCGGUCCCUGCUCCUGCCAAUCUAACAGUUCGAAAGCACGUCAAAGUGCAAGUAGAUAAAUAGGUACCACUCCGGCGGGAAGGUAAACGGCGUUUCCGUGCGCUGCUCUGGUUUGCCAGAAGCUGCUUAGUCCUGCUGGCCACAUGACCCGGAAGUUGUACACUGGCUCCCUCGGGCAAUAAAGCAAGAUGAGCACCGCAACCCCAGAGUCGGCCACAACUGGACCUAAUGGUCAGGGGUCCCUUUUCCUUUACCUUUAUAAUGUAACAAGAACUAGGAGUGCAUGGAAUAUUUUUUAAAAAACGGAGUGACUUAAAAUAUGCAGCGAAAAAAGAUUAGUGAUGGAGGGGUGGGGGAAAUUCCAGAGAUUCAAUUGAUUCUUUGUUUAUCUUUCUAUGAUUUAUGAUUUUGAAUGUCACUUUUAAUUUGUAAAACUAAAUUAAAAUUUAUGAUGAGAACCGUACAAACCUUUAGUCUUCCACUGCGUUUGAUAUUUGAUCACUUUAUUCAUUCUUCUUUGACCUGGCUCCCUGACAGGUUGGGACCAAUGGGAUCAUUUCCACCCAGGACUUCCCUAGAGAGACCCAGUAUGUGGACGAUGAUUUCCCCACGGACUUCCCCGCAGUUGCUCCUUUCCUGUCGGACAUCGACACCAGCGGUGGGAGGGGCAAAAUCUAUUACCGCCUGGACGACUCCAGGGAGGUGACGGAUCGGGCUGCCCAGCUAAUCCAGGCUGGAUUCCCCAGUGCGGACGGGUUUGCCCCACGCCACACCUUCAUCGCUACCUGGGAGAACGUGGGGGCCUAUGAAGAAGUCAGCCGGAACUCAGAGCCUUCCAAACAGGUGAGGCGAUGGUUUGUGACGUCUGCAUUUCUGGCAAUUUCUGCUUGGGGUGCUCCUUGGGGUGCGCCAGUGUGGUGUAGUGGUUAAGAGCAGUGGACUCGUAAUCUGGUGAACUGGGUUCGCUUCCCCGCUCCUCCACAUGCAGCUGCUGGGUGACCUUGGGCCAGUCACACUUCUCUGAAGUCUCUCAGCCCCACUCACCUCACAGAGUGUUUGUUGUGGGGGAGGAAGGGAAAAAGGAGAUUGUUAGCUGCUUUGAGACUCCUUAGAGUAGUGAUAAAGCGGGAUAUCAAAUCCAAACCCUUCUUCUUCGUCUCCUGUCAUUGGCCAAGCUGUUGGGAUCCUAUAGGGCAUUUGAUACAAUAGAGAGGGAAGAGAUACGGACAGCCGCUGCUCCCAUUGGGAUGGAAAUGGAAAGGUGAUUUGGUGUCAGGACCAGGUCAACAAUAAAUCACAUGGUGUCAGUGAAGUUAACUCUGUAUUCAAGGAAACAAGGACUGCUCCGGCGUUCAGGCUUAGCGAUCCCAGCAACUCUUCCUGGUAGCACAAGUGCUGGAUCUGGCAGCACUCAGUGCUCUUUGAAACCCUGGAGAGAGGCUGCCGGUCAGUGUUGAACAAGAUGGCUCAGCUGUCUGACUCAGUUUAAGGCAGCUGCCUAGGAAAAGGCAAAGAGGGCUUUCCGUUUUGGGAAAGUCUGACUGCUUUUGUUUUGUUAACCGUUUUAACCUCAGCCUUGUUUUGUUGGGUGGGUGGGGGAUAUCUCUGUGAAUGAUUCAUGCCCGUGUCUGCUGGGAACGAAAGGCAUGUUUCAGAUUUUCCGCCACACAUGGAAAUGAAGGCCCUAAUGGCAUUCCUCUAACGAGGUAGGUCUGCAGAUAUCUAUUUUUAAAUCGAUUUGCGCACAUUUAAAAACAACACGAAAGGGCUGUAACUCAGUGGGGGUGCCUCUGGUUUGCAUUCAAAAAGUCCUGUUGUUGUGUUUGUUAUUGUUAUUUCUAUCCCACCUUCUUCCCAAACCGAGCCUCAAGGCGGCUUACACAAAUUAAAUCGACACGGAUAUAAUGCAAAAUGCUUAGAACAUUUACAGUCGUACCUUGGUUCUCGAACGUAAUCCGUUCCAAAAGUCCAUUAGACUUCUGAAACGUUUGAAAACCAAGGCGUGGCUUCCGAUUGGCUGCAGGAGCUCCCUGCACACCAGCAGAAGCCUUGUCGGACGUUCGGCGUCCGAAAAUGUUCCGGGUUUUCGCUGUUCAGGAGCCAAAAUGAAUAGAAUUAAAGCCACACACACACACACACACACACACACACACACAGUGUGUUAAUAUACUGGUUCAGUCCCUAUCACCACUAGGUUUGGCUGUGAAUGUCCCUUGCCAGAAACCCUGGAGCUGCCAGUCAGUGCGUGCAACACUGAGGUAUAUGGCAAGUGGUCUGGCUCAGCAUCAGGCAGCUUCCCAUGUCGCAUAACCCUGGCGUGCUGUUUUGUUUUUAAAUGCCAGGGAACCUGCAAAAGUGGAGGUAGCCAAUGUGAGCUCCCUCACCCCAGACGGUUGCAGAAUUGUUCGCCUUCUGGCCCCCAGAUCCUCAGAGCGCCAGGCUGCCUCUUCCUGUCAAAGACCACGGGGUGGGAGAAAGAAUCAUAGAGUUGGGAGGGCACCAAGGGUCAUCUAGUCCAGCCCCGCAGCAGUGCAGUAAUCUCAGCUAAAGCAUCCAUGACGGAAGGAAAUCCAAGCUCUGCUUAAAAACCUGCAAGGAAGGAGAAUCUACAACCAGAUCGUUCCACUGGCGUAGGCUGCCAGAGAUUCUGCGUUGAAGAAUUGGGUCUCAGCCGCCAUCUGGAGUUGAGGAAACCGGAUUCAGGCUGGCAGAAUUUGCCCUCCGUUUGAACAAAUGUUGGGUGCUCAGAGUCCAUCGAGGGUGGCUUAGGAACAAGCAAGUCAAGCUGACCUUUGCCCUUGCCCUUUGACGCUUGACCCCACCGGAACACUGUUAUCUGUCAGAUUUCCCAUUUAACUGGGGGCUUAAUCCUGCGUGUUUAGAUGCAAACCUCCAGGAAGAAUCCAGCUUUGUGCUGAGGCCACCGUUCUGUCAUUUCCGCUUGCCGGAUGGGACAACCCCCCCAUCUCCUCUACACUGCAUGCCAUUCUGGGGUUUCUCACGGCCCCCCCCCCGAGCCCAUUUUGGGGUGCACAGGGGGAAGGGGGGAAAACCCCAUUGUGCAAGCGGAAGUCCUUGUGCAACGAGACUCAUUUUUUGUACACUGUGCUCUGUUUGUUCGUUUGCUUAAGGGAAGAAUCCACAGGGAAUGCUCUCCUCCCGAAACUCUGCUGAAAUGAAUCUGGGAAAAUGCCAGGCAUUGCAAGUAGGCUCGGGCCAGAGAUUCCCAGCAGAUCAUGUCCUUUGGAACUCCUUGCCUCUUGAUAAUCAGGCAGGCAUCUUCACUGUACAGUGGUACCUCAGGUUACAUAUGCUUCAGGUUACAUAUGCUUCAGGUUACAGACUCUGCUAACCCAGAAAUAGUGCUUCAGGUUAAGAACUUUGCUUCAGGAUGAGAACAGAAAUCGUGCUCCAGCGGCGUGGCGGCAGCAGGAGGCCCCAUUAGCUAAAGUGGUGCUUCAGGUUAAGAACAGUUUCAGGUUAAGAACAGACCUCCGGAACGAAUUAAGUACUUAACCUGAGGUACCACUGUACUUUCUUUGGUGACUGCGAAAAACAUUUUUGUUCAGACGAGCCCACCCAGAUGCUUAGAAAGUUAAUGUGAGUGCUAUUCCAUUUUAGUUUUAAUACUUUUGUAUGUUUAGAAACUUGGCGUGAGCUUUAAUCUGCUUUUAGUCUCUUGUCAUCUUAAGCUUCCUGCAAGUCUUAAACUAUUGCUGUUCGUUUUUCUGGGUGACCAUUUUAUCGCUUUAUCUUUUUCGUCAACCUCUUUGAGUGUUUUGUUUUUUAAAUAAUAAUAAGAUUUUUUAAUUGAGAUUUUCCCAGAAUAAAAAUACAGCUCUAAAAGAUACACAACAAAAACAGAAGAAGGAAAGAAAGGAACCAUAGGAAUAAGGAGAGGAAAGAGCGAGAAAGAGAAAAUAAAGAAAGCAAAAUAAAAGAAACAUUAGCCAAAAAUACAAAAGAGGAAUUUCUUCUUCAUGAAACAACAGCCUGCUGUAUCGAGAGCAACUCUUCCCUCCUGUGGUUUCCAGUGGCUGUUACUCAGAAGCAAAAAUCUUGGGCCUUAGGCUUUGCAGGGCUGCUGCCAGCCAGAGCAGACACUAUCUGCUUAGAUAGCCCAAAGGCUGGAUUUGCUCUUGGGCUGGUGAGGCCGCCUCCUUAUCUGAAGCUAAGCAGCUCAAUAGAAAUGACAGCUUGUCUCAGAUUGCCAAACACGACCACUUCUGGAGGAAAACUUGUGGCUGUCAGGAACAUCUGAAUUAUUUUCAAGGGAAUGCUGUGAAAUUGGUUGCUACACAUUUUGAGAUUCCCCCCCCUCCUUUUCCACUUCUUUUUCAUUCUGACAAAGCCAUGGCUUCAUCAGAGCCAGAGAUCAGCCCUUGUCUACGUCCAACAAUACUAUCUUUUUGAUUUGUUUACUUAACAUUUGCAAAGCUCUUUUUUUUUGAGUUUGAGAGGAAAAUCCCCCAAAGGCUCUUGCCGAAACCCUUAUCAGCCGGAGCGGGGAUGUCCAUAGUUUCUGCAUUCCAGAUCUCCAGGCACAUAUUUGGACAUGCGGCCACGACGGCCUCAGGCACUGCCUUCCGGCCCCGCAAUAACGCUGAUACCCUCUAGCACGAAGGUCUUCUUGGGUGCAGAAGGUGCUUGCUCAGGAAACACAAGGUUAUCGGUGAAGGAGGAGGCCGUGGGCUUCCUGAGAGACUCUGUCCCUGAGGAAGGGUGACGUCUAUGAUAGGAAUUUUAUGGUCUUAGAUAUAUGGUAAUGUACAUAACCGCACAUACACAGAUCAGCACAGAAAGACCAACCUGGAACCAUUUUGAUUCCUAAACUGACCAAAUGUUUUCUCUGCAAGGUCAAAAUGGAAAAGCCACCCCAUUGUCUCUUCCUUCACAAAUCCUGUCUUAAGGGUAUGUCUGUGUUUGAAGAAGGGUGUGAGCUUUAUCAUUACAAAAGACUGGCCAGGCUCCUCAGGCAAUCCAAUCAAGUAACCUGCCAGACAGGAAAUAAACAAGGAUAAGAGAAAAACAAUAUUGAAAUUUCUGUUUUAAGACCGCCUUUUCUGUGAUGUAUCUGAGGGGUGGUCUUAGGGUUACACCCCUCACGUGAUGUAUGUAUGAUGUUUCUGGGGGGUGGUCUUGAUCUAGAGGAUGGGAAUUUCAAAAGUCUUUAUAAGCCCUUGCACAGCAUUUUUGUGGGCCCUCCUCCUUUCCUGCAUGUGAGGGGAGCAUCCUGUUGCAACAGAUCAAUAAAGAUCAAGCUUACUAGCUGCUUUGCUUCUCAAUAUUCUCUGGUUGGCCUCUGUUAUUUUCUCCUACCAAUAGGGAACCUAUGUAAGGACUCUAUAUGGGCUCUUGGAUACCCCAUAAGGGAAAAAAGGGCAUAUUUUUAUUUACAACAGAUGGCAACCACGACACGUCGAUCUUCCGCAUCUCCGGGAAGCACCCCAGACAAUAACGCCAGGCCAUUUCAGAUUGUAAGCUCCUCGGGGCAGAGAACUACCCUCUUGGGCUGGGGAAGCUUUAAUAGGUCAAGGGUUGCGUUCCCUCAAGGCCGGCUUCCUGGGGGCCUUAUGCCAGAGGUGGGAGGGGCCCUGAGGCACAAGUGGGCGGGGCCAAAGGCGGGACUUGUUACCUGUUGUGCAUAGGUAAAAGGUACAGUGGUACCUCUGGUUACGAACGGGAUCCGUUCCGGAGUCCCGUUUGCAACAUGAGCAGAACGCAACCCGCGUCUGCUCAUGUGUGGGUCACGAUUCGCCGCAUCUGCACAUGCGCGUGACGUCAUUUUGCACGUCUGCGCAUGCGCAAGCAGUGAAACCCGGAAGUAACCCUUUCUGGUACUUCUGGGUCACUGCGGGACGCAGCCUGAAAAAACGUAUCAUGAAGCAAACGCAACACGAGGUAUGACUAUAAUGGUAAAGGACCCCUGGUCGGUAAAGUCCAGUCAAAAGUGACUAUGAGGUGUGGCGCUCAUCUCGCUUUCAGGCUGAGGGAGCCGGCAUUUGUCCACAGACAGCUUUCUGGGUCGUGUGGCCAUUAGGUCCAGUCGUGGCCAACUCUGGGGUUGUGGCGCUCAUCUCACUUUAUUGGGCGAGGGAGCCGGCAUACAGCUUCCGGGUCAUGCGGCCAGCAUGACUAAGCCACUUCUGGCGAACCAGCGCAGCGCAUGGAAACACCAUUUACCUUCCCGCCACAGUGGUACCUAUUUGUCUGCUUGCACAAGUGUGCUUUCAAACUGCUAGGUUGGCAGGAGCUGGGACAGAGCGACGCGAGUUCACUCCGUCGCGGGGAUUCGAACCGCCGACCUGCCAAUCGGCAAGUCCAAGAGGCUCAGUGGUUUAGACCACAGAGCCACCCGCGUCCUUUGUACAUAGGAGCCUCUUGCAGUUCAAAGGCACCUUACCAGGUUUGUAAAAAUCACUCAAUGAAGGCGCAGGGCUGUGUCAUGGAAAAGUACGGCCAGGGAAGGGUUCUUCUGAUGUUGAGUGGAAUCUUGUUUCCUGUAACUUGAAUCCCUCGGUUUGGGUCCUCUUUGGAGCAGCGGAAAGCAAGCUUGCUCCAUUCUCUGUAUGACAGCUCUUUAGCUAUUUCAAGAUGGCCAUUGUAUCUCCUCUCAGUCUCCUCUUACCCAGGCUAUCAUGGAGAGCAAGCCUAUUAUUAUUAUUAUUAUUAUUAUUAUUAUUAUUAUUCCGCCCUAAACCUGGGGGUCUCAGGGCGGUUCACAGAAUAAAAUCAAGAUAUAAACCCACACGAUACCUAAUAAAAAUAAAAACAACCACCCAGUAACACCCCUCCAAAAACCUCCACAUUUUAAAAGGGAAUAGGAUGUCAAUCAGAUCAACCAAAAGCCUGGUUAAAAAGGAAUGUUUUUGCCUGGAGCCUAAAGGUGUUUAAUGAAGGCACCAGGCGAACUCUCCUGGGGAGAGCAUCCUACAGAUGGGGAGCCACUGCAGAGAAGGCCCCGUUCUCAUAUUGCCACCCUCCAGACCUCUUGAGGAGGAGGCACAUGAAGCAGAAGGGCCUUAGAAGAUGAUUUCAGGGUCUGGGUAGGUUCAUGGCUACUAGCCAUGAUGUUUUGCCCUGUCUCCAUGGUUGGAGACCACAUUGCCUCUGAAUCCCAGUUGCUGGAAGCCACAGAAGGGGAGAGUUGCCCUUGUGCUCAGAUCCUGCUUGCAGGUGUAAUAAACGAAAAUCUGCCCUUAUUCCCUUAAGGGAGACACAAGAGCCCUUAUAGAGUCCUUUGCAGGUUCUCCAUCGGUCGGAGAAAAGAACAGAGGCAAACCAGAGAAUAUUGAGAAGCAAAGCAGCUCAUAAGCCUGAUCUUUAUUGAACUGUUGCAACAGGGUGCUCCCCGCACACGCAGGAAAGGAGGAGGACCCAGAACCAAGGUGUGCCCGCCCUUAUAUAGACAUUUUAAAUUGCCCGCCCUGGAGUCCAAGACCACCCCUCAGACACAUCAUACCUACAUCACAGAAAGGGCAGUCUACAACAGAAAUCUGAGUGCAUUGUUUCUCUCCUGUUGUUGUUUAUCUCCUGUCUGGCAGGUUACCUGUUAAUGCUUACUUGACUGGAUAUCCUGGGGAGCCUGGCCAGUCUUUUGUAGUGACAAAUACUUAGUUCCUGAGCCAGGUCACAAGCUCACCCUAUUCAUACACAGAUAUACCAUUAAGACAAGUUUUGUGAAUGAAAAGACAAUGGGGAGGCUUUUCCAUUUUCCUUUAACCUUGCAGAGAAAACAUUUGGUCAGUUUCGGACCCAAAAUGGCUCCAGGACUGCCCUCCUGCACUGCCUCAGACAUGUGGCCCAUACAUUUAUGUACGUGUUUGCCUGGCAAAUCCAUGAACAUUUAAUAUAUAUAUAUAUAUAUAUGGGUUUCCCACAACAUCUGGGCAGCCUGUGAGAACAGGAUGCUGUUCUAGAUGGGUUAUUGACUUCACCCAGCAGCCUCUCCUUAUGGGUGAAGGACGGCUUAUAAAUACUUAAAAGAAACAAAUUGUUGCUUACAUACAGAGUCAAUUGUAUAUCCUGUCUCCUUCCUCCAAAACGAGCCCAGGGCCGCAAGCGACAAAUGAGAACGCACCUUAAAAACAUCUUCAAAAUGAUUGCUGGGUGGGAAAGAUCUCAGCUUCAAAGGGUUGUUGAAAGAGGAAGGUCUAAAGGAGGCGCCCCAAAGGAUACAGGAUACAGUGCCGGUCUAAUAGCCAAGGAGAGGAAAUCCUCACACAUCUGAAAUAUUGUGGGAGAGAUGUUCUGCCACGCAGGGUUUUUUUCUCUACUAAAUUUGGCACAGCCGUCAAGGGUUGUAGUUUAAGGGGUCAACUCAACCAGAGCCUGAUCUAAAGGCGAUGAGGCAUAUAAGGAAACGGAAAGGAUUGGGCCUGAAAAAGAAUGGAGGGGUCAACGGGGAAAGGAAAAUGUGUGUGUGGAGGAGAAGGAGAAGGUUUAAGGACAAGGAAGAAGUGCCUCUGAGCAUGUGCAGAGUUCUGUGUCGUCCUCAUUGGUUUUCACAACCAGCCUCCACCCACGUGCCCGGGCUGAGUCCGAGGGCCUGUUUCCAAGCAAGCUUGAAUCCACAACUUCUCCCUUUUUUGGGAAUCGGCGAUUGCGUCUCUUGAGCUUCUUUUGGCUUGGGUGAAAACUGGAAUCUCUCUUGCGGCUCCCGAGGGGGAGAUAAUCCAAUGGAGGAAAACGGAUUUAUUUCCCCUCCUUGCAGCUGAGUCGAGAUUAAAAGGCAGGGAGAUAAGACGGGAGGGAGAUGAAUGAUACCAAACAGGGCAGUUUUACAGGGCGUUUUGAGCAGCAGCCUUCUGGGAAAGGAGGAGCGGAAGAAAUGGAAUCUGCCCAUGCAGACCUUUACUCCUUAACUGGAGUUGAGCAGCAAAGCCGACCCCUCCCUUGAUCUGAUAAUCUAGGACCAUGCCACUGCUGUGUUCUGUAUCUGGUUCAGGAUUAGAUUCAUAGAACUAUGAAGUUGGAAGCGCCCCAAAGGGCCUUGCAAUGCAGGAACCAAUCUAUUUCUUUUAAUCAUCAUCAUACUCAUCAGCUUUAUUGCACUAGCCAAAGGCCAGGGCAUCAUUCACAAUGGGAACAAAAAGAAAAGCAACACUAACCAUAAAAACACCAGGCACUGCAGAUACAAUAAACCACGAUCACGUCUCCUAAAAAUUAUUUGUUGCAUACGAUAGAAUAGCAAGGGGUUCUCAAGUAGAAUGUGCCAGCCUAAAUGACCGAAUCACCUUUGCAACUGACCGCUAUGUUAUCUACAGUGGUACCUCAGGUUAAGUACUUAAUUCGUUCCGGAGGUCCGUACUUAACCUGAAACUGUUCUUAACCUGAAGCACCACUUUAGCUAAUGGGGCCUCCUGCUGCUGCUGCGCCACCGUGCGAUUUCUGUUCUCAUCCUGAAGCAAAGUUCUUAACCUGAAGCACUAUUUCUGGGUUAGUGGAGUCUGUAACCUGAAGCAUAUGUAACCUGAAGCGUAUGUAACCUGAGGUACCACUGUAGUUCUUUUCUCCUGAUCUUCUUAGCUGCCAAUGCAUAUAGUGCUACUUUAUGUUACAAAGUCACAUUUCUUUUAAUGCCCAGUUUUGAGAUGUCCAGCGUCAGUUUUGCAAAUGAGCAGGCGAGCGACCGGCUCCAGGCCUCUGCAGGGGGAAGAUGCCCUGUUUGCAGAAAGUGGCUUGAAUCUCCAACUGCUUCUUGCAAACAGACUUCAAAGCCAGCAUCUCCAUCCCCAAGGAGGGGGGGGGUGCGGCUUUCCUGCCAGCGCUCAUCAGCUGUUUGGCACUGGCAGACACCUCCGUGUGGAAAUGAGCAACCAGGAGCUCACUUUAUGCCCCUAGUUUGCCCCUGCCCCACACCUGAUGCCCGUUCUCUCCUUUGAGCUGAACAGGACUGAUUUUGAGUCUCUGCACUUUGCUUCCGCAGCACAACACCUUCCAAGCAGUCUUGGCCUACAGCGAUUCGGAUGCCUAUGCCCUCUUCCUCUACCCCGAGGAUGGGGUCCAGUUCUUUGGGACGCGGCCCAAAGAAUCCUACAACGUCCACCUGGAGCUGCCAGCCAGAGUCGGCUUCAGCAGAGGGGACUAUCAGCGCCGGGAAGGGCCGUACCACAGCGUCACCAGCAGUGAGCAGUCCGUCAAGAACCUCUACCAGUAAGUAACUGGUGUGCUGUCUGGUUCUACCUCCAAACAUCUUACUGUAUUUUUCGUUCUAUAAGACGCACCUUUUCCCUCCUAAAAAGUAAGGGGAAAUGUGUGUGCGUCUUAUGGAGAGUGCAGGCUGCGCAGCUAUCGCUGAAGCCAGAACAGCAAGAGGGAUCGCUGCUUUCACUGUGCAGUGAUCCCUCUUGCUGUUCUGACUUUGCUUCACUAAACAGGCGCUGCACAGAGAGGGAGAGCUGCACAGCACCCCUUUAGUGAAGCGGGAGGAGAAAUGGAGCCCCUUCCAUUUCUCCUCCCGCUUUGCUGGAGAGGCGCUGCGCAGAUUCAGAAUAUUUUUCUUCUUGUUUUCCUCCUCCGAAACUAGGUGCGUCUUAUGUCGAGUGUGUCUUAUAGAGCGAAAAAUACGGUAUUUUCCUUCUGCCUUUGCAGUUUGCGAGUAUGUGCCAAAUGUUGAUAUCUUUGAAGGGUUUGGCAGGGAAAUUCCGGGGGAGAGCCUGGCCUUUAGGUCAGUGGGCUGCUUGCCCACCAAGGGGAAGGAACCAGUCCUUUUCUGCCCAAAAGGACUCCCCUUUGGAGAAAGGGUGCAGCGCUUGGCGGCAUUUUUAGUUUGGGGGAAAAGUGAAUCAGAGGUGAAUAACUUGGUGUCGUCCACAGUUUGGGAACCACCGCAGUGUGCAAACAAAGGAAUUGGCACCGGGUGCGGAAUCUGCCCUCCACAGAACUUUGCUUUCAUUGAACACAUUUCCAGGGAGUGAGGCUUCCCCAUGUUGCAACAGCUGCAAAACAAAUGAUGAAACGUCUGCAAAAUUGUGCACAUUUGCCCAGCUCAUUACAGGUUGCAGAAUCCAACACUUCUGGGUGCAGAAUUUCUGAUUUAUUUGUGUUUAAAGCUGCACAGCCAAAAAGUUAGAUUUGUUUUUGAACCUCUUGCACUCUGACACCAAACAAGCUUGCCAGCCUGCCUUAUCAGAAAGCGGAGAUGGGUUUGGAUCUGGUGUCAGAUGUCGCAUGCAAACUUUGUUUGUGUUAGCUGGCUGUUUCCUUAGAUAAUGCCAUGUCUGCUGGGUGAUAUGUGCUGUUCUGCCCCUCUUUCCAAAUUUGGGUUCAAAGAGAGGCCAGCACUGUGUGGAAAACCUGUGGGAAAACAUCCUUCUCGGAUGGUGAUGUUGUUGCAAACUUGCUAAGGUCACUCUUUUGACUGCUGGCGUCCUGCCCUUGACUGGCGUGUGUUCUUGCCAUGUGGUACAAGCUGGGUACAAACUGUGAACUCAAGUGGUGCUGUGGUAUAAGCCACCGAGCCUCUUGGGCUUGCCGAUCAGAAGGUCAGCGGUUCGAAUCCUCGUGACGGCGUGAGCUCCCGUUGCUCUGUCCCAGCUCCUGCCAACCUAGCAGUUCGAAAGCACGCCAGUGCAAGUAGAUAAAUAGGUACCACUGCUGCGGGGAAGGUAAGCAGUGUUUCUGUGCGCUCUGGUUUCCGUCACAAUGUUCUGUUGUGCCAGAAGCAGUUUAGUCCUGCUAGCCAUGGGACCCGGAAAGCUGUCUGUGGACAAACACCGGCUCCUUAGCCUGAAAGCGAGAUGAGCGGCGCAACCCCAUAGUUCCCUUUGACUGGACUUAACCAUCCGGGGUCCUUUACCUUUACCUUUUUUUUUACAAACUGUGUCUACGUUGGAUGCCCAAUCUGGAGGAUACCAUGCGCCUUCAAGAUCGGAAAAAUAUAAAAGCAAGGAGGCCAGAGGGUCUCCUCUUUAGCAAUCAGCCCAGCCCUGAGGCUACUCCCCCCCCCCAUGUCCGAUUGUGGAAUGAAAGAGCAGGGGAGGCGGACUGGGAAUAUGCCAGGUUCCAUAACACCAAAGUUGCAGGUUCGAUCAACAUAUAGAACAGCUGCAUAUUCCUGUAUUGCAGGGAAUUGCACUAUUGCAUGGGUAGGCAAACUAAGGCCCGGGGGUCCGGAUUUGGCCCAGUUGCCUUCGGGAUCCGGCCCACAGAUGGUCCAGGAAUCACUUUGUUGAUCAGCAUGGAUCUGAUCGUUUGGGCUGCGCCAGCGCGUGCGUUCAGCGGUGCCUCCUCCUCCUCCUUCCCUCCCUCCUCCUGGCUUCUCCCUGCCCUGCCUAGAGCCAAGAGGAAGGGGGCUGGGCUUUGUUGUCGCCAGCAGUAGCAGCGUUAGCGCUCAAGCGGCCGCCAUUGUAAGCAGGCUCAGUUCGGGCUUUGUUGCUGCCAGCCCCUCUCCUGAGCCCUUUCGCGCGGCGCUCAUCGUCCCGCCGCCGCCAGCCCCUGCCUCUCACAAGACACAGGUAAGCAGCCACCGGGCUCAUCUGGUGCUUUGGAGAAGGGAGGGGAGAGUUGGGGGUGGUGGCUUCCCUGAAUAAUCAUCAUAAUCAUAAUCAUAAUAAUUUAUUUGUAUCCCGCCCAUCUGGCUGGGUCUCCCCAGCCACUCUAGGCAGUUCCAACAAAGAUUAAAAAUACAUAAAAAUGUCACACAUUAAAAACUUCCCCAAACAGGGCUGCCUUCAGAUGUCUUCUAAAUGUCAGGUGGUUGUUUACCUCUUUGACAUCUGAUGGGAGGGUGUUCCACAGGGCGGGCGCUACCACCGAAAAGGCCCUCUGCCUGGUUCCCUCUAGCUUUGCUUCUUGCAGGGAGGGAACCGCCAGAAGGCCCUCGGCGCUGGACCUCAGUGUCUGGGCAGAACGAUGGGGCUGGAGAUGCUUCUGCAGGUAUACAGUGGUACCUCAGGUUAAGUACAGUGGUGCCCCGCAAGACGAAUGCCUCGCAAGACGGAAAACCCGCUAGACGAAAGGGUUUUCCGUUUUGGAGGUGCUUCGCAAAAGGAAUUUCCUAUGUGCUUGCUUCGCAAGACGAAAAUGUCUUGCGAGUUCCUGCGGGGUUUUUUUCCUUUCCCCCCCUUUUCCCCAAGCCGCUAAACCGCUUAUCAGCUGAUGGCUAAGCCGCUUAUCAGCUGAUCUUUAAGCCGCUUAACAGCUGAUGCUAAGCCGCUUAUCAGCUGAUCUUUAAGCCGCUUAACAGCUGAUGCUAAGCCGCUUAUCAGCUGAUCUUUAAGCCGCUUAACAGCUGAUGCUAAGCCGCUUAUCAGCUGGUCUUUAAGCCGCUUAACAGCUGAUGCUAAGCCGCUUAUCAGCUGAUCGUUAAGCCGCUUAUCAGCUGAUCUUUAAGCUGGCUAAGCCGCUAAUACUGUAGCGCUAAGCGCUAAACCUCUAAUGGGCUUGCUUCGCAAGACGAAAAAACCCGCAAGACGAAGAGACUCGCGGAACGGAUUCUUUUCGUCUUGCGAGGCACCACUGUACUUAAUUCGUUCCGGAGGUCCGUUCUUAACCUGAAACUGUUCUUAACCUGAAGCACCACUUUAGCUAAUGGGGCCUCCCGCUGCCGCCGCGCCCCCGGAGCACGAUUUCUGUUCUCAUCCUGAAGCAAAGUUCUUAACCCGAGGUACUAUUUCUGGGUUAGCAGAGUCUGUAACCUGAAGCGUAUGUAACCCAAGGUACCACUGUACUGGGCCGAGGCCGUUUAGGGCUUUAAAGUUCAGUACCAACACUUUGAAUUGUGCUCGGAAACAUUCUUUUAUUUAAAAUGCAUCUCUGGGUUCUUUGUGGGAAUUCAUUUAUUUCCCCCCCAAAAUAUAGUCCGGCCCCCCACAAGGUCUGAGGGACAGUGGAACAGCCCCCUGCUGAAACAGUUUGCCAACCCCUGCACUAGAUGAUUCUCGGGGUACCUUCCAAUUCUACAAUUCUAUGAUUCUGUAAUGACGUAUCUGCUGAAGAACCCUGACAUAAGAACAUAAGGACUCUGCUGGGUCAAACCAGUGCCCCAGCUAGGUCAAUGCUGUAUCUUCAAGGCUGUUAGUAAAUUAAACAAUUGACCAUUUGUGGCUUUUUCUUGCCAGCUCAAAUCUGCUUCCUAAUUGCACAGCCGGUCAUCGUAAAAAGUCUCAGGGUACGUUUCCCUUACCAAACCCCGAUCUGGAUAUUUGCAGCAGCGAUGCUUCGCAGCAGCCUCAGCUGGCAUUAGAAGGAGUUUUGGGACUGGGAGGGGGAGGCGGGUAUUUAGAAAUUUCCUUGAAACGUGACCGACUCGAGGAGCCGGGCCUGUAAAACCGCAGCUGCUGUCUCCAUUUCCCACUGUUAUCAAAUGCCAGCUGUUCUCUGGCUUGGAGUUGGCUGACAUGAGGGAAGGGGAGAGGAAUGUGCGAAUAUCCGCGGCCGGAGGAGCAUUCAGGGGCUGUGAAGGGAGAUCUUGUUUGCUUCUAGAUGCUUAGGGGACCUGCAGCCUGCCAGCUAUUUUUGCGGCUCAGAAUCCACCCAGCGUUUUGCACAACUGUCAUGGAAGAAAGUUGCGGAGAAUGCGUGCAAUCUCUGCCUCCCUGGCCCUCCUCUCAUUCCUAGACUGGCAUCUUAUCUGUUGUUGUUGUUUAGUCAUUUAGUCGUGUCCGACUCUUUUUGACCCCAUGGACCAGAGCAUGCCAGGCACUCCUGUCUUCCACUGCCUCCCGCAGUUUGGUCAAACUCAUGCUGGUAGCUUCGAGAACACUGUCCCACCAUCUCGUCCUCUGUCGUCCCCUUCUCCUUGUGCCUUCCAUCAUUCCCAGCAUCAGGGUCUUUUCCAGGGAGUCUUCUCUUCUCAUGAGGUGGCCAAAGUAUUGGAGCCUCAGCUUCAGGAUCUGUCCUUCCAGUGAGCACCCAGGCCUGAUUUCCUUCAGAAUGGAGAGGUUUGAUCUUCUUGCAGUCCAUGGGACUCUCAAGAGUCUCCUCCAGCACCAGAAUUCAAAAGCAUCAGUUCUUCAGCGAUCAGCCUUCUUUAUGGUCCAGCUCUCACUUCCAUACAUCACUACUGGGAAAACCAUAGCUUUUACUAUACGGACCUUUGUUGGCAUCUUAUCUACUUGGCUGCAUAUUCGCCACCCAGAUAGGAAACCCAUCAGUUCUCUUCCUUUCACCAGUUCUUCCUCGCCCACAGCCUGUGCAAGAUCUUCCAUGGAUUCUUUCCUGAUGUAGUGCUCUAUCUGGGCUCCAGAAGGACCAGGUGCGCAGCCUGGGAGUCAUUUUGGACUCACAGCUGUCCAUGGAGUUGCAGGUCAAUUGUGUAUCCAGGGCGGCUGUCUACCAGCUCCAUCUGGUACACAGGAUGAGACCCUCCCUGCCCACAGACUGUCUCUCCAGAGUGGUACAUGCUCUGGUUAUCUCCUGCUUGGACUACUGCAAUACGCUCUAUGUGGGGCUACCUUUGAAGGUGACCCGGAAACUGCCACUAAUCCAGAAUGCGGCAGCUAGACUGGUGACUGGGAGCGGCCGCCGAGACCAUAUAACACCAGUCUUGAAAGACCUACAUUGGCUCCCAGUAAGUUUCUGAGCACAAUUCAAAGCGUUGGUGCUGCCCUUGAAAGCCCUAAACGGCCUCGGUCCAGUAUACCUGAAGGAGCGUCUCCACCCCCAUCGUUCUACCUGGACACUGAGGUCCAGCUCCGAGAAGCGAAGUUACAGGGAACAGUUACAGAGGGCCUUUUCGGUAGUGGUGACCGCCUUGUGGAAUACCCUCCCAUCAGAUGUUAAAGAAAUAAACAACUAUCUGACAUUUAGAAGACAUCUGAAGGCAGCCCUGCUUAGGGAAGUUUUUAAUGACUGAUGUUUUAAUGUAUUUUUAAUAUUUUGUUCCCCAGUGGCUGGGGAAUAAAAUGAUGAUGAUGAUGAUGAUAAUAAUAAUAAUAAUAAUAAUAAUAAUAAUAAUAAUAAUAAUGUGGUAAAGGGACCCCUGACCAUUAGGUCCAGUCGCGGACGACUCUGGGGUUGCGGCGCUCAUCUCGCUUUACUGGCCAAGGGAGCCGGCAUACAGCUUCCGGGUCAUGUGGCCAGCAUGACUAAGCCGCUUCUGGAGAAACCAGAGCAGCACACAGAAAUGCCGUUUACCUUCCCGCCGGAGCAGUACCUAUUUAUCUACUUGCACUUUGAUGUGCUUUCGAACUGCUAGGUUGGCAGGAGCAGGGACCGAGCAACAGGAGCUCACUCCAUUGCGGGGAUUCGAACCACCAACCUUCUGAUCAGCAAGUCCUAGGCUCUGUGGUUUAACCCACAGCGCCACCCACGUCCUAAUAAUCAUCAUCAUCAUCCUGAUAUCCCAAACAUGAUAUCUAUCUUUCCCUGAACACCUCUGGGGCACACAGCUGCUACUCGAGAGUAACCAAUGUGGCGCCCUGCAGAUGUCACUGGAAUGAGCAUCAUCCCUGAAUAUUGGCCAGGCUGCCUGAGGGUCAUGGAAGCUGGGAGACCAACAACACGUUGAAACUACAACUCCUAUUGUCCCUGCUCAUUGGCCAGGCUGGCUGGGGAGGUUGGACAGCCACCUGUCAUGGAUGUUUUAGUUGAGAUUCCUGCAUUGCGAGGGGUCAGACUAGAUGACCCUGGAGGUUCCCUUCCACCUCUGAUUCUUUGAUUCUAGGUCUCGCUAACCAAGGUCCAACAUGUACAGCAUUUCAACACCUUGUAUUUAUUACACGGCAUCUAAAAUAAUCAGUGGCGUAGUGUGGGUUGUCAGCACCCGGGGCAAGGCAAGUAAUUUGCGCCCCCUAACCCGUGGAUUUGCGCCCCCUAAUCCGUGGAUUUGUGCCCCCUAACCCUAACCCCCAGAUGUUGCGCCCGGUGAGGCCGGCCCCCCUGCACCCCCCACGCUACGCCACUGAAAAUAAUAAUAUAUGUGGUGGACCUGUAAAAGGGUAAAAGGGUAUUGGGGAAUAAUCCAUAAUGAAUUGAAAAAAAGGUUUAAAAGUACUUUUUUUCCAAACCCCCCCACCGAACUAGAGUCCUUUUUGUUGGGGAUAAUUCAGAUGGAAAUUCCUAGGUGUCAAAAAAGGCUAUUUAUGUAUGCCACUACUGCGGCCCAUGUUUUGGUAGCCCAAAAAUGGAAAAUGAGUGAAGUUUCAACCAAAGAAAAAUGGCAACUUAAACUGAUGGAAUAUGCAUAGCUUGUGGACCUAACACGUAGAAUAGGAGAACAUACUUUUAAAGAAGAUUGGAAAAUGUUGAUUGAAUAUAUGGGGGGGGGGAGCUGUGUACGCUUGAAAAUGUUGGCAGCAUUAAGAUAAAUUCAACUAGUUUUGAUGGAUGUAAUAAUGGAAUACUGAAUGGUUUAGUUUAUGUAAAAUAUGGAGGGAUUUAUGAUAUGCAAAUUGAACCAUGGAAAGAGAAUAAGGGAAGUUUUAAGGUUGUUUAAUGAAUAUUUUAAAUUGUAAAAAAGGAAACUUAAUAAAAAUUAUACACACAAAAAAGUAAUCUUAGACAAUAUAUACAAUGCCCAAAUAAUAAUGACGUGUGCAACUCAGUAUGUAAAAGCCAAGCAGUCCAAACAUUCCUGAAAUAAGUCCAUGAGAGAAGCUCUCUAUGUGAAUACUUGUACUGGAUCAGGCCCCUGGCCUGUUCUCUCUCUGCGAUUCCCAAAAACUGGCGUUCAGAGAUAUUUACAGCCUCCAGCAGCUGAACACUGCCUUGUUUAUUAUCGCAUUUCUGUCCCGUCCUUCCUCCCAAGGGAGCCCAGGGCGGCCAACAAGAACGCAGCGAAACCAUGCAAUUAAAAUAAAAAUAAAACAAGUGAAAACAAUUUAGAAGCAAGAACAAUUGAGAGCAUCUGAAAACAAUUUAGAAGCUCACAAGGUCAAGGCUGUCAGAAACAGCAUCUUUCAGCCAUCAAACCCCGAGCAAACAGGAACCUUUCAGAACCCCUCUUAGAAGUUAAUAACAAAGGAGAUAGAUGCACCUGGCCAGGAAAGGGGAUUUCUCAAAUGGGGAGCCACCACCAAAAAGACCCUGUAAAAUGAUUAACCAAUAGGAACCCAAGGGAAGGAGUUAGAGUUAGAGUUGUUAAGAAGUCAGUCUGGAGUUAGAGAAGAGAGAGAGAGGAUAAGUGUGUGAGUUGGGCUAGUCUGAUGUGAGAGAGUGAGAGAAUCUGUUAAGAGGAGUCAGUCAAACAGUUGAUAUAAUCAGUCAGAAAGUAUUAGGAAGGUAUAGGCCGGUAAAGAAACUAAAGCUAAGAAACUGACAAGAAUAUUAUCUGAGAAACCUUAAACUUGUUAACACUUAUAAAAUAAACUUGUUUAUUUGGUUCAAUUUUAAUAACUGUCUGGACUCAGUGUGUACCCGAGAGUAACGGGUUGGUGGCAGCGGGGAAGCGAGCACAGUGGUGGCACAGGGAUCAAUAGACCGUCAGACGUCCGGGGACCCUGUGUCAUCGCCACAGUUUGUUGUUGUUUAGUCGUUUAGUCGUGUCCGACUCUUUGUGACCUCCUGGACCAGAGCACGCCAGGCACUCCUGUCUUCCACUGCCUCCCGCAGUUUGGUCAAACUCAUGCUGGUAGCUUCAAGAACACUGUCCAACCAUCUCGUCUUCUGCCGUCCCCUUCUCCUUGUGCCCUCCAUCUUUCCCAACAUCAGGGUCUUUUCCAGGGAGUCUUCUCCUCUCAUGAGGUGGCUGAUUUCCUUCAGAAUGGAUAGGUUUGAUCUUCUUGCAGUCCAUGGGACUCUCAAGAGUCUCCUCCAGCACCAUAAUUCAAAAGCAUCAAUUCUUCGGCGAUCAACCUUCUUUAUGGUCCAGCUCUCACUUCCAUACAUCACUACUGGGAAAACCAGAGCUUUAACUAUACGGACCUUUGUUGGCAAGGUGAUGUCUCUGCUUUUUAAGAUGCUGUCUAGGUUUGUCAUUGCUUUUCUCCCAAGAAGCAGGUGUCUUUUAAUUUCAUGACUGUGUCACCAUCUGCAGUGAUCAUAGAGCCCAAGAAAGUAAAAUCUCUCACUGCCUCCAUUUCUUCCCUUUCUAUUUGCCAGGAGGUGAUGGGACAGUAAUCUAGUCCCAUUCCAUGCAAUGCAGGAAUCUCAACUAGAGCAUCCACAACAGAUGGGCAUCCUAUUCCAUUACUGAUCCUAGAAAAGUGGGCAUUGCAUUCUGCCAUGUGCCGUUGCUGUUUAGGAACUACAUGCAUAUUUUUGAGGCUACUUGGGGUGUUGAAGGAGCAAGAGAAUUUCAGGUCUGCCAAGCUGAGCUCUGAAGAGCAAAUUCCCCCGUGAUCUGGAUCUCCAUUGCCUCGGUCCUUUGAUCAUGUGGCCAACCCGGAUCCCAUCGCUGCUUCCCAGCUCCUCUCCAGCAGAGCUGUUUCUGCUGUUUGCAAUUAGUAACAUGAUCCAAGCGACCCAUCCGACACGGAUAUCCAGACUUUGCUAGUGUGGGAUGGAGCCGGACCGCAUUGUUUUCGCUCGUCCGCGGGGAUCACGCCAAGGCAAUUACACGCGCCAAGAUUCCUCGGCCCCAAGCCCCAAAGGGAUUCGUCGGUUGUCAUAAAAUCCCCCUUUCCUCCGAAUCAUGUUUUACUAGACCGUAAGCCCUGCUGGUAAGGCUGCCUCUCAGUUUUGGCCCCCGCCCCAAAUCUUCAGGCACAGCGUGAAUGUUGAACUAAUGCCAAGUCAAAGUCUGUAUGCUCCUGGAUGGCCCACUGUCAUGGAUUUUUCAGCUGAGAUUCCUGCAUUGCAGAGGGUUGGACUAGAUGACCUCUGGGGGUCCCUUUCAACUCUACAGUUCCAUGAAUCUAUAUGAAUACCAGUUUCUGAAGAGGAGUAGCAGCAGGAAAGGGCUGUUGCCUCUCAGGCCCUGCCUCCCAGGGGCAGCUGCUCAGCCCCAGUGGGAGCCACAAUGGUCUUGUUGCAUGAAUUCGCACCCUUCAUGUUGAAGUUUUUAUUUUAUUUUAUUUUACUUUGUUUUAAAAGGAGGUUGUCAAUCAAUAGCCAUUGGGCUUUCACCCUUCUUCCUCAGGGCUGGAGAAAGAUCUUUAGAGACCCUAAGCGCUGGAAAGAUUUUGGUGUCUCCAUAUAUAUAUGUUAUUCAAAAUAUUGUUGUUGUUGUUUAGUCGUCUUAGUCGUGUUCGACAUUCCGUGACCCCAUGGACCAGAGCAUGCCUUGGAGACUCUCACUUUCUUCUCAAAGCUUCUCCUUUUUUACGUCCAUGGAGUUUUCUUGGCAAAAUACUGGAGUGGUUUGCCAGUUCCUUCUCCAGGUGGAUCACAUUUAGUCUAAACUCUCAGCUAUGGCCUGUCUGUCUUGGGUGGCCCUGCACGGCAAGCCCCUUCACCAAGACAAGGCAGGGAUCCAUGAAGGGGAUUCAAAAUAUAGGUAAAGGUAAUGGACCCCUGGACGGUUAAGUCCAGUCAAAGGCGACUAUGGGGUUGCGGCGCUCAUCUCGCUUUCAGGUCGAGGGAUGUGGCAUUUGUCCACAGACAGCUUUCCUUGUCAUGAGGCCAAUAGGACAAACCCGCUUCUGGUGCAACGGGACACCGUGACGGAAACCAGAGUGCACGGAAACGCCGUUUACCUUCCCGCCGCAGUGGUACCUAUUUAUCUACUUGCACUGGUGUGCUUUCGAACUGCUAGGUUGGCAGGAGCUGGGAUAGAGCAAUGGGAGCUCACUCUGUUGCGGGGAUUCGAACCGCCGACCUUCUGAUCAGCAAGCCCAAGAGGCUCAGUGGAUUAGACCACAGUGCCACCCGUGUCCUCAUUCAAAAUAUACACAAUAAUAAACCAUUAAAAAAAAAUUGUUUAUCAAAAUGAAGAAAAACCUACAGUAAGAUGGAAAAUAACGUUUCAUUUUGCAUACUUCCACUUUAUUUGUAUUUGAGUUUUUUCCCUCCUACUUGUUCGAAUUGCAAAGUCUUUGGGGUGCCUGAGAUGCCUGCGUUGCAGGGCGUUGGGAUAGAGGACCACUGGGGGCCCCCCUUCGACUCUACAAUUCUUUGAUUCUACGAUCAGAUUCUCAAAACUAAUCUUAUGUAACACACCUGCUUCUGUACUUCAGAUAAGGCUCCCAGCCUGCCUUGUUGCAUAGCUGCUCUGCUAAAUUUUAUUUAUUUAUUUAUUUGCACUUAAUUUAUUUAUUAUUAAUGUUGCAAUACAUAUAUGAAAUCUUUACAUAUUGAUACAUAUACAUUAUAUUCGUAAAUUCACAUUUUCACAUUUCAUUAUGUACCAACAUUUAUCCAUUUCUUAUUUCUUACCCUGAGUCUUCCCUCCACCUGUGCAUGACUUCCUUGUUAUUAUUUUGUAAUUUAUUACUGAGAUGGUAAUUUUGUAUCUUAAUAAUUAAACAUUCAAUCUUAUAUAUUUGCUUAGUUUAGCUUAGCUUAACUUAACUUUGUGAAAUCAGUCUAUACAUAUCAAUAAAUUCUUGUUGGAGCAUCUUUUGGUCAUGUAUUCUUCUAUACAUUUCCAUUCCUGUUUGAGAUUUUGAUUAGAUUGCAUUUCUGUUGACGUCAUUUUUGCUAAUUCACUCGUUUCAAAAAUUUUAUUUUGCCAGUCUUUUAAUGUUGGUACUUCUUCUGAUUUCCUCUGUGGGGAUUUUAAAUAUCCUUCGACUGAGAAAACAAACGUUCAGCUGAGCGCUUUGUUGAGGUUAAAAAUCCGGCAAUGGGAAAUUUCUGUGGUGCCCACCCUCCCGUUCUCCCUUGAUGUCCUAACGGUUAAUCAAGCCCUUUUCUUCCUCCUUCCUUUAGGCUGAGCAACAUGGGCAUCCCUGGCGUCUGGGCUUUCCACAUUGGCAGCGCCACCCAGCUGGGCAAUGUGGUCCCUGCCUCGCUCGGCGGGCUCCCCGCUGCUCCCCCGGAACUCCCCGAGACCAGCUCCACCGGCCACAACUUCCUGGAGCCGGAAUACCCUGACCCCAACCUCGAUUACGCGGAUCCCUUCUACGACGACAGUGAAGACGAUUUUGAGUACCUGCCCGUGGUGCCCACUGGGCAGCCGCUCGGACCGGGACCCAGCGCUGCGUCGAACGCCGAUGCGCAGGUCGACUACAGCGAGCCAAGGCACUCGGGCGCCAGCCUGGACUCAGAACUGGAGCCCACCUCGCUCUACUCAGCACCCAGCAGCCUCCCUCCGUACUCUGAACUGGAUUCGGCCCUCCUGUACCUGGCAGAGCAACUGACGCCACCUUCUGUAUUAGAAGAAAACGCGAGGACCCCUUCCCUGCCGCCAGUGUACGAGAGCCCGAUCGAGGCUGUCACGGCUGUUCUGCUGAGGCGCCGUGGAGACGGGGACAGCCUAUCCCCGCAGGGAGAAGGCACAAGUGACCCUAUGGACCCGGACAUCUUCCCAGACUACCCGGAGGGCGAAGUUAUUCUCGAAAGCUUCCCAGACACCCCUCCUUUCAGCCACAGGAGACGGGUGGUCGGUGUGGACGAGGACCUCCCCUUCGACCCAGACGGUAAGCUCCUGAGAACAUCUCCCUACGCCAGACAUCAGUCUCUGAAACUGGAGAUUCCUAGGCAGCAGAAUUAAUUUCAAAUGCAAUAAGUGCAGUUUCGUUAAUAAGCCUUUGGCUGAUUAUUCUUCUGCAGCCUUUUAAAUGUGUUUGCGGGAGGGGGGAAUUAUUGCUCUGUUGGUUUUGUUUCCGCCAUUUAUUUCUGCUUCCGUCUUGCAUUUUUUGUCGUGUGAACCGCCCAGAGAUCUUUUGACGAAGGGAGGAAUAUAAAUGGAUUAAAUAAAUAUAUGAAGUCAAAUAAUGAUGCACAUGGAGUAGAGAAAACGGGCAGAGGAAAGUUUCUCUCCCUCUCUCCUAAUAAUAAUACAGUGCUACCUCGGGUUACAUACGCUUCAGGUUACAUACGCUUCAGGUUACAGACUCCGCUAACCCAGAAAUAGUACCUCGGUUAAGAACUUUGCUUCAGGAUGAGAACAGAAAUCGGGCUCCGGUGGCGUGGCAGCAACAGGAGGCCCCAUUAGCUAAAGUGGUGUUUCAAGGUAAGAACAGUUUCAGGUUAAGAACAGACCUCCAGAACGAAUUAAGUACUUAACCUGAGGUACCACAACAACAACAACAACAACAACAACAACAACAACAACAAUAAUUUUUAUUUAUACACCGCUCUUCUUGGCCAGAGCUGGGCUCAGGGCGGCUAACACCAGUAAAAUUACAAUAAAAACAUAAUAGGUGAAAAAAACCAAUUUAAAAUACAGGUUAAAAUGCAAUUUAAAAUGCAGCCUCAUUUUAAAAUAGCUGAUAAAUCAAGACCAUAAGGGGAGGGAAACAUAAGGGUCAGACUGAGUCCAAACCAAAGGCCAGGCGGAACAGCUCUGUCUUGCAGGCCCUGCGGAAAGAUGUCAAGUCCCGCAGGGCCCUGGUCUCUUGUGACAGAGCGUUCCACCAAGUCGGGGCCAGUGCUGAAAAGGCCCUGGCCCUAGUUGAGACCAAUCUAACCACCUUGCAAUUUGGGACCUCCAAAGUGUUGUCAUUUGUGGACCUUAAGGUCCUCUGUGGUACAUACCAGGAGAGGUGGUCCUGUAGGUACGAGGGUCCUAGGCCGCAUAGGGCUUUAAAGGUCAAAACCAGCACCUUAAACCUGAUCCUGUACUCCACCAGGAGCCAGUGCAGUUGGUAAAGCACCGGGUGAAUGUGAUCCCGUGGCGAGGACCCUGUAAGGAGUCUCGCCAUGGCAUUCUGCACCCGCUGGAGUUUCUGGGUCAGCUUCAAGGGCAGCUCCACGUGGAGUGUUACAAUAAUCAAGCCUGGAGGUGACCGUUGUGUGGAUCACUGUGGCCAAAUCAGGGCGAGAAAGGGAAGGACCAACUGCUUAAUACGUCAGAGAUGGAAAAAUGCCACCUUUGCUGUGGCUGCAACCUGCGCCUCCAUGGAAAGGGAGGUGUUGAGGAUUACACCCAAACUCUUGACAGAAGGCGCUAACACUAGAAUUCAUGGGCAUCCAGGCAAGCUGAAGGUUGGGAGAUUUGUUGUUGUUGUUUUUAGUCAUUUAGUUGUGUCCAACUCUUCAUGACCCCCUGGACCAGAGCAUGCCAGGCACUCCUGUCUUCCACUGCCUCCCGCAGUUUGGUCAAACUCAUGCUGGUAGCUUUGAGAAAACUGUCCAGCCAUCUCGUCCUCUGUCGUCCCCUUCUCCUUCUGCCCUCCAUCUUUCCCAACAUCAGGGUCUUUUCCAGGGAGUAUUCUCUUCUCAUGAGGUGGCCAAAGUAUUGGAGACUCAGCUUCAGGAUCUGUCCUUCCAGUGAGCACUCAGGGCUGAUUUCCUUCAGAAUGGAGAGGUUGGAUCUUCUUGCAGUCCAUGGGACUCUCCAGAGUCUCCUCCAGCACCAUAAUUCAAAAGCAUCAAUUCUUCGGCGAUCAGCCUUCUUUAUGGUCCAGCUCUAUAGGAUGGGUAAAAAAGAGGAAUUUUCCCCGCCACACAUAGUGGAACUGUGGAACUCAUAACUGUGGAGCCAGUUAUGGCGACCAACCUAGAUGGCUUUAAAAGUGGAUUGGACACAUUCAUGGUGGAGAGGGCUAUUGAUGGCUACUGGCCAGGAUGGCUGUGUUCUGUCUCCACAGCUGGAGGCAUCAGUGCUUCUGAAAUAUCAGUUGCUGAAAACUGCAGAAGGGGAAGAGGGGUUGGAGAGUUUCCCACAGACAUCUGGAGGCGGGCAGGUGUGGAGGACUCCCUGGUCCUGAAUGGGGUAACUGUGCCCCUGAAGGACCAGGUGCGCAGCCUGGGAGUCAUUUUGGACUCACAGCUGUCCAUGGAGGCACAGGUUAAUUCUGUAUCCAGGGCAGCUCUCUAUCAGCUCCAUCUGGUAUGCAGGAUGAGACCCUACCUGCCCACAGAUUGUCUUGCCAGAGUGGUGCAUGCUCUGGUUAUCUCCCGCUUGGACUACUGCAAUGCGCUCUACAUGGGGCUACCUUUGAAGGUGACCCGGAAACUACAACUAUUCCAGAAUGCGGCAGCCAGACUGGUGACUGAGAGUGGCUGCCGAGACCACAUAACACCAGUCUUGAAAGACCUACACUGGCUCCCAGUACGUUUUCGAGCAUAAUUCAAAGUGUUGGUGCUGACCUUGAAAGCCCUAAACGGCCUCGGUCCUGUAUACCUGAAAGGAGCGUCUCCACCCCCAUCAUUCAGCCCGGACACUAAGGUCCGGCUCCAAGGGCUUCUGACGGUUCCCUCCCUGUGAGAAGUGAGGUUACAGGGAACCAGACAGAGGGCCUUCUCAGUAGUGGCACCCGCCCUGUGGAUGCCCUCCUAUCAGAUGUCAAAGAAAUGAAUAACUACCUGACUUUUAGAAGACAUCUGAAGGCAGCUCUGGUUAGGGAAGCUUUUAAUGUUUAAUAGGUUAUUGUAUUUUAAUAUUCUGUUGGAAGCUGCCCAGAGUGGCUGGGGAAACCCAGCCAGAUGGGCGGGGUAUACAUAAUAAAUUAUUAUUAUUAUUAUUAUUAUUAUUAUUAUUAUUAUCAUCUGAUUGACCACUGGGAGACCAGGAUGCUGGACUUAGAUGGGCCAUUGGCCGGACCCAGCAGCCUCUUCUGACAUUCUCACGAGGCAUGAACUCCUCUAGUCCUGAGACAGGGGACGAGUUUGCAGAAGAGUGUGUGCAUUUGAGAGAGACAGCGAUAGACAGAGAGGCAGAGAGAAUCGCCAAAUGCCGCCCUUCGUGGUUUUUGGGGCAGGGUGUGCAUUAGAGACGGCUGUUGGCCUGCCAUGACAGCUGGCCCUUCAGGGAUCUCAUUCCAGACCAGCUUGCGGAUAUUUAGAUUGUUGUCUCUCAAGAGCUGCCGUGCGAAGAAUUAAGAAGCCAUUAGUGGCCGCAGGGAACCCGGCGGUCACAGCCCUUCUCCGUCCACACGAAACGGGAUAUCCCACAGCUGAGAGACGUCAGCUGAGGCAGCUGCGUAUCUGGCCAGACCUGAUGGUGUGAUUGGGGUGGUGCGCAGAGAUGUGGGGAAGAGGAAGACAGAGGGUCAGGGACUGUGCUGGUCCCAGGGGCUAACUGAGAGGCGAGGUCCGAGUCCAGUCCGAGGUCGAGGGUGCGGUAUGGAGGCUGUCCGUCAAGCUGAAGCUACGUCCAAGGUGGGGAGUCGGGUGAGGUCAGGAACUCUUGCAGAAGAGCAGGACAGGGUGCAGGCAGGAACAGGCUACUAACAAUGUUGCUCCCGCAACUUGGACCGGGGCUGGCUGGCUUUUAUCUGCCCCGAGGCAUAGGGUGGCCCCGAUCCUCAGGUGACUCGCCUCUCCUGGCCUGGAGGUGAGCACUCCUCCUGCGGGAACUUAGUUCCCUCCGCCUCUCUGCCCUAAGCCUCUGCAGCUCAGGAGAGGCUGGAGGGUGACCGGACCCAGAGGCAACCUCGGCUGCCCCUGACGGGGCUGAGAGUGGAGCACCUGCAGGCAAUGGGUCCUCCAUCACCUCAGGAGCCAGAGCAGACUCAGCUGGUGCCUGCACCUGAGGAUCCAGCACAGGUGAGGACCCUUCAGGCUCAGGCCCCAGCUGGUUCUGGAGGCGGGGAAUCCUGUGCAGGCUGGGAUCCCUCAGGUUCAGCAUCCGAGUCCGAAUCCCAGGCCAUCACAGGGACCCUUGGCUAAGCGGUCUUGGGGAUGGUGGGAAUUGCAGUGCAGCAACAUCUGGGUGUUCAGAGAUGCCCCUUCUCUGAUCCUCAGAGGGGAGCGCGGGAAGCCAGGGGCUUGGCGGAGGUUUUUCUACCCUGGAAGCUCUGAGUUGCGUCAACGAAGUUGAAUGCCAACUGACUAGCAGAGGCUGGUGAAUGAGAACCGCUGCUUCUAAGAUCAUUAAAAAAACAAAAAACGGACGGCAUUGUCCUCAGGUGGCGGCACAUAGGCCCGUGUGAAAAUGGGAGCUUAAGAAGCCGUCUUAUCAUUGGCCGUAAUCGUAGAACUGUCGACUUGGAAGGGACCUGAGGGUCAUCCAGACCAACCCUCUGCAAUGCAGGAGUCUCAGCUGAAGCAUCCGUGACAGAUGGCUGCCCAACCUCUGCUUAAAACCGUCCAAGGAAGGAGAGUCCACCACCUUCCGAGGGAGCUCAUUCCAUUGCUGAACAGCUCUUGGCAUCAGAAAAUUCCUCCUAAUGUUUAAUUGGAAUCUCCUUCUUUGUCAUUUGAACCCGUUGGUUCAGGUUGUACCCUUUGGAGCAACAGAAAACAAGCUUGCUCCAUCUUCCACGAGACAGCCCUCCAGAGAUUGGAAGGUGGCCAUCGUAUCGCUUCCCUGUACCUCCUUCUCAUUCCCAAUUCCCUGCCUUCAGGGCAGGCUCACAAGGAAUGGGAAACUGUACACCAGGGUAACCAGAUGUCGCCGUUUCCCAGGGACAGUCCCCGGAUUUGCGAAUAAUUCCCCGGACAAAUUCCAUGUCCCCGGAUUUCAUCUAAUGUCCCCGGGAAACGCAGUGGCGGCAGUCUCAGCAGCCCGGAGCAGUUGGCUCUGGCUGGCUUCAGGAGCUGUGGGCUUUUUCUUUUUUUAACGUUCUUAUGUCACAUAUGUAUGCAUUAUCAUAUUACAUUACAGGGCAUAUUCUAACAUAAUUUCCAACAUGUAUACAAAGUUUAUAUGCCAAAUUUAUGUACCUAAAGAAAGAAAAACAAAGAAAAAACAAAGCCAUUUCAAAAUACUCUACCAUUUCAGAAAACUCUACGGACUUCCUGUCAAUCUCAUUGUAUAUUCUUUUUUUUUACAAAUGAAUUUAGUCUUAUUAUUGUAUAUUUCUUUACAUUUUAUCUAAUACGUUCCUAUAUCAAUGUGUGUUAGAUAAUACAUCUUGUUUCUCAACUCAAUUUCUCUCCAACAUCAAUCGAAUGCUAGCAUACAUAGCGAACCUUUACUAUAUUUUUGAACAUAUAUCUAUCCCAUUUUUCCAUAAAUGUUUGUUUUGAAUUGCCUCUCAACCCCCUGGAAUUGACAAAUAACCAGCUGUGGGUCUCCUAGCAAAGCUUCCAUAUAUUCAGUGGAAGUGCCUCAAAUACAAAAAUAUUUGGAAUUGGUUCAAGGUACCUGCUCCCACUGCAGAGCUUCUGGAGAACGCAGUGGUCAGUUGGGAAUGUAGCUUAAUGCAGACAUAGAAUCGUAGAAUUGUAGACUUGAGAGGGACACCAAGGGUCAUCUAGUCCAACCCCAUGAAAUGCAGGAAUCCCAACUGAGAGAUGGCCAUCCAACCUGUGCUUCAAAACCUCCAAGGAAGGAGAGUCCACCACCUUCCGAGAGAGACCUUUCCACUGUCAAAACUCUUUCUUUGGAACGACCUUUGGGGCUCCCUCCAUCUCUGCAGCUAUAUUAUUCUGAGUUGUUUAGGACUUUGACAAUUAACACAAGAACCUUGGGCCGGGAGCAAAUUGUACCCUAGUGCUGGGCUAGGUGAACCAAUAUUUAGCAUCGUCAAAUGUCCUGUGGAGACCGGGUGAGAUUCUCCCCCCCACCCCAUUUUUAUUUAUUUAUUUGGUUUUUCAGAGAGAGAUUAUACAGUCACAUACCCAACAUACAGCAUAAAAGCAAGAUUCCAAUGAAUCUCUAGUAGCUCCCUCCUCCCCUUUGUGGGUUCUGCUGUUAAUCAUUCCCACCUGCAUCUUUUAUAAUAAUCCAAUUAUUUUAUAAUAAUAGUAAUAGUAAUAAUAAUUUAUUAUUUGUACCCCGCCGAUCUGGCUGGUUUUCCCUAGCCACUCUGGGCGGCUUCCAACAAAGAUAAAAAAUACAUCAAAAUAUCACACAUUAAAAACUUCCCUGAGCAGCGCUGCCUUCAGAUGUCUUCUAAAUGUCAGGUAGUUGUUUAUCUCUUUGACAUCUGCUGGGAGGGCAUUCCACAGGGCGGGUGCCACCACCGAGAAGGCCCUCUGCCUGGCUCCCUGUAGCUUGGCUUCUCGCAGUGAGGGAACCGCCAGAAGGCCCUCGGAGCUGGACCUCAGUGUCCGGGCAGAACAAUGGGGGUGGAGAUGCUCCUUCAGGUACACUGGACUGAGGCCAUUUAGGGCUUUAAAGGUCAACACCAACACUUUGAAUUGUGCUCGGAAAUGUACUGGGAGCCAAUGUAGGUCCUCAACACCGGCUCGCCCCCUCUCCCCCAAGAACAGAACUUCUGUCUUCUCAGGAUUCAACCUCAAUCCGUUAGCCGCCAUCCAUCCUCCAACCACCUCCAGGCACUCACACAGGACCUUCACCGCUUUCACUGGUUCUGAUUUGAAAGAGAGGUAGAGCUGGGUAUCAUCCGCAUAUUGAUGGACACCCAGCCCAAACCCCCUGAUGAUCUCUCUCAGCCGAUGCUCUCUGUUGUAUCCAAAAUUCACCAUUAAGCUACAAGGGAUAUUCCAAUCCUACUCACGAUUUUAACUGUUUACUUUUUUUAAAAAAAAAUAUAUAUUUAUUCCAAGUUUAAAGUUACAAAAAGAAAAAAACAAUACAAAAUACAAAAAAGAAUAUAACAAUAACAGAGAGAGAAGAAAAAAGAAAAAAAGAGAAAAAAGAGAAAAAGAAGAUAUAAAAAUACAUUCAAUUGAAAUAGAACAAGAACAGAUUAAACCUUUACAUAACUUUUUUCCUUUACUUAUUUCCUUGACCUCCUCUAACCUCCCAAUUUUGUAUUCUAGUUCAGAUCGUUUUUUCAGCAAAUCCUUCCAACCUUAUUUUCAUUUACGUAGUUUAAUUUAAAGUAUUAUAAUUUAACCUCCUCUCUUUCAUCAAUUUCAUCAACUCAUUUUUGCUUAAUCCUUUAUGUCACAUCUACCAAAACUACCUAAUUUUCUUUUUCCAACAUCUUUCUAACAGUCUUUAAUAUUACAAUAUUUUUGAAGAUAUACUUUAAAUUUUUUCCAAUCUUCCAGUCUUCUUCCACUGUUUACAAUGGUCUUUAAGAUAAGUUAUAAAUUCCCCCCGUUCCUUAUUAAAAUGUUGGUCUUCCUGGUUUCUGAUUCUCCCAGAGCCAGGUGAGAUUCUGAGCCCAAAGGGGGUGGAUUACAGGACGAGCUCUGAGCUCUGUGCGGGAGGGCAAGUUGACACAGCUGUGGCAGCCCGCUCCCUCUGAGAUAUAAAACAACUUGCGUUUUUUUCAUUUAGGGUUCACCUACAGCACUGCCAACGUGGAGACCUGCGAGGACCACCACCACCAGUGCUCCCUGCAUUCCUUCUGCACAGAUUACAGCACAGGCUUCUGCUGCCACUGCCAGUCUAAGUUCUACGGGAACGGAAGACACUGCUUGCCAGAAGGUACCAUACUUUUCUGUGUAUAAGACGAGUUUUUUUUUAAUUAUUUAAAAAUUAUGUUAAAAAUUGUGAUGAAAAUGAUGUAUCGGUGGUAUAUUUUCAGGAGCUGAAUAGAGCAAAAGAUUGCAAGUCAUGAGGAUGUGGAAAGUGCGUGUAUCAACAAUGCAUAGUUUAUUUUGGGGCUGCUAUUUUGUUCAUGUUAAUAUUGUUUUGCAUAUUAUACACACACUGCAAUCGAUUUGUUAAUCAUGUAAUAUGAUUUUUGCUAUAUUUCUGAUGUUUAGCUUAUUUUACAGUCGUUGCCUUGCUAGUGUUUUUCUAGAUGUUUCAGUGGUGGUUUGUUAAUAAUUCCAUAUGAGUUACGUUGUGUUUGUGAUGUUCUAUCAUGUUACGCAUUGUUUGUAAGCUGCUUUGGGAUUCAUCUGCAUGAAAAGAGGCGUAGAAAUAUAAUCCAUAAAUCAAACUGUAUUUCAAGCCGAAGCUAUCUACAAAUAUAUAAUUCUAGGGGAAAGUGUCGAAUUCUUCAUAGAAUCAGCAUGUGGUAUCUGUGGUUACUGGCCAUAAUGGUGAUUUCCAAUUGCUGGAAACCUGUAGUGGAUCUUGUGUUUGAAUCCUGCUUGCAGGUUCCCCAUUGAGGCAUCUGGUUGGCCACUGUGAGCUCAGGAUGCUGAAAUAAAUGGGCCCCUGGCCUGAUUCUGCAAACUCUUCUUGUGCUCUUGAAUAUCACUUGACAGAUAUGUGUGCAGGUACACAGCCUGGGAGUCAUUUUGGGCUCACAGCUGUCCACGGAGGUACAGGUCACUUCUGUGUCCAGGGCAGCUGUCUACCAGCUCCAUCUGGUACGCAGGCUAAGACCCUACCCUCACGAAGCGAAGUUACAGGGAACCAGACAGAGGGCCUUCUUGGUGGUGGUGCCCUCCAGUCAGAUGUCAAGGAAAUAAACAACUACAGUGGUACCUCUGGUUGCAAAUGGGAUCUGUUCCGGAGGCCCGUUCGCAACCUGAACAGAACGCAACCCGCGUCUGUGUGUGCGCGAGUUGCGAUUCGCCGCUUCUGCGCAUGACGUCAUUUUGCAUGUCUGCGCAUGCGCGAGCGGCGAAACCCGAAAGUAACCCGUUCAGUUACUUCUGGGUCGCCGCAGGACACAACCUGAAAACACUCAACCUGAAGCAAACGUAACAUGAGGUAUGACUGUAUCUGACGUUUCAAAGACAUCUGAAGGCAGCCCUGCGCAGGGAAGCUUCUUAAUGUGUAAUAUUUUAUCAUGUUCUUAAUAUUCUGUUGGGAGCCGCCCAGUGUGGCUUGGACAACCCAGUCAGAUGGGCAGGGUACAAACAAUAAAAUGAUGAUGGUGCUGGUGAUGAUUCUGCUUUGGCUAAAAGUCUCCUCUGGCUUUCUCAGGCGCUGCUCACCGUCUCAACGGCAAGGUGAGCGGAGACCUGCUGGUGGGCCGGACACCGCUGCGCUUUGGAGAAGUGGAUAUGCAUGCCUACAUUGUCGGCAACGACGGGCGAGCCUACACGGCCAUCAGCCACAUCCCUCAGCCGGCCGCCAGGUCUCUGAUGCCUUUGGCUCCCAUCGGGGGAUUUUUCGGCUGGCUUUUUGCUCUGGAGAAACCGGGCUACAAAAAUGGCUUCAGGAUCGCUGGUGAGUCCCCGGGGAGAACAGGCGAGGGUGAAGGCCAGGGGUGGGGGAACUUCAAGCCUGGGGGAUGCCAGACCUCUCAACCCAUCCCUCCGGUCUCUCCCCAGGCCACAACCCUCACGAACCCUGCCUCCCAUCUUUUUUUUUAAAGCAUAGAAUCCACGUACCUACGGGACCGCCUCUCCUGGUAUGCCCCGCGAAGGACCUUAAGGUCCACAAAUGACAACAUUUUGGAGGCCCCAAGUCGCAAGGUGGUUAGAUUGGUCUCAACUAGGGCCAGGGCCUUUUCGGCACUGGCCCCUACUUGGUGGAACGCUCUGUCACAAGAGACUAGGGCCCUGCGGGACUUGACAUCUUUCCGCAGGGCCUGCAAGACAGAGCUGUUCUGCCUGGCCUUUGGUUUGGACUCGGUCUGACCCUUAUGUUUCCCUCCCCUUACGGUUUUGAUUUAUGGGCUACUUUUAAAAUGAGAGGGACAUGGGUGGCACUGUGGGUUAAACCACAGAGCCUAGGACUUGCCGAUCAGAAGGUCAGCGGUUUGAAUCCCCGCGACGGGGUGAGCUCCCGUUGCUCGGUCCCAGCUCCUGCCAACCUAGCAGUUCAAAAGCACGUCAAAGUGCAAGUAGAUAAAUAGGUACCGCUCCGGCUGGAAGGUAAACGUCAUUUCCGUGCGCUGCUCUGGUUCGCCAGAAGCGGCUUAGUCAUGCUGGCCACAUGACCCGGAAGCUGUAGCCGGCUCCCUCGGCUAAUAAAGCGAGAUGAGCGCCGCGACCCCAGAGUCGUCCACGACUGGACCUAAUGGUCAGGGGUCCCUUUACCUUUACCUUUAAAAUGAGGCUGCAUUUUAAAUUUCAUUUUAACCUGUACUUUAAAUUGGUUUGCCCCCCUAUUAUGUUUUUACUGUUAUUUUAUUGGUGUUAGCUGCCCUGAGCCCGGCUCUGGCUGGGGAGGGCGGGGUAUAAAUAUUAUUAUUAUUAUUAUUAUUAUUAUUAUUAUUAUUAUUAGCAACAUAUGAAGCAAUAAAACCCAAACUCUUUUGCAGAAAGAUAAUAGAAUGCAAUGUAUCAAAGGGAAAGAAAAAGCUGUCUCUUGAGCGCCGGCAGCCCGAGCGAGCUCCUUCUCUGCAGAACUUCUCAGGCGUUAAGUUCGACAGAGGGGUGGGAAAUGGCAGCCUGGGAUUUUGUGGCGGCCCCUAAAAUUGUGGGGCUCCUUCCCCACAGUCUUGCACCCGGUACCUUCAUUGUCUGCCUCUAUCCUGUGCAAAAGACACACCUGUUUAUCCUGGCAGUUAAGGUUGCUCUGCGUUUCAAUUUACCUGGACUGCAUUGCUUUUGUUGAACAUUCUUUUAAUAAUUGUAUAAGCUGUUUUGACUUGCAUGGUUACAUUGUACUGUGGAGAGUGUAAUAACUUAUGGACCAUGUGUGUGGUUUGGGAGCUGCACGGUCAGGGGAAAAACAAUGCUGUCCAGGGUUGUAAAGACGGCGGAGAGAAUAAUUGGGUGCACUCUUCCCACCUUGGAUCAAAUCUAUGCUUCCAGGUGUCACAAGAAAGCUGCAGAGAUAGCGCAGGAUAGUGCGCACCCCGGAAAUGAUCUCUUUCAGCUUCUGCCUUCUGGAAGAAGGUGCAGGGUUAUAAAGACUAGGACUAGCCGCCUGAGAAACAGUUUCUAUCCAAAUGCGAUUUUGGUUUUAAACGCAGUGUAAGAUAGUCUCUAUGGGAGUAUAUUGUAUUCAAUUAUGGGAUAUCAGAGUUUUUAGGGGGCUAACCAGGCUGGGAUAGCAGGCUUGUGGGUUUCUGAAUGUCUGAUGUAGAUUUUUCAAUUUCGUUGUUCUGUAUGGGACAAUGACAAUAAAGAUUAUCGUAUCGUAUGUUGCUGGUUAUGUUGCCCCAGGAAUCUUAUGGCAGAAGGUGGGUAAGGAAGAGAAUUUUAAAAUAAAUACAAAUCAAAUAUUCCGGGUCUUUCCCUCUCCCCACAAUAGGGGCUAAAUUCACUCACCAUUUUGAAGCCACUUUCUACCCUGGAGAGGAAAAGGUUUCGGUCAAGCAAACCGCCGACGGGCUGGAUGCAGAGAAUUACCUCAGCGUUCGGACUAAAAUUCAAGGUCAGGUGCCCUACAUCCCUGAGGAUUUCACCGUCCACAUUGCACCUUUCAAGGAGAUCUACCACUACUCAGAUUCAGGUAUGGACGAGCCCGGGCUCAGUUUGUCCGUAAGAAGCUGCGUUGUGUUUUGCACUUUGCAAAAUCGUCUUUCCCCCCGCGAAUAGGAAUCUAUAAAUUUCGUACGCCGAGCAUUCCAAAGUUAUUCAGCAGGAAAAAGACAUAGUUUGCAGCAAAAAGUGUGUUCUGUGAAGAGUCUCAUAACCAGCAAGACUGUCAGUCAGUAAUAAUAAUAAUAAUAAUAAUAAUAAUAAUAAUAAUUCAAAUCCCCGCUUGGCCCUGAAGCCAGUCAGCGUAGGCAGGGCUGAGUUAGAUGGAGCAAGCUUGUAUUGUAUUUAAUUAUGGGGUAUCAGAGUUUUUAGGGGGCUAACCAGGCUGGGAUAGCUGGGAUAGCAGCCUUGUUGGUUUCUGAAUCUCUGAUGUUGAUUUUCAAUUUCAUUGUUCUGUAUCGGACAAUGACAAUAAAGAUUAUCGUAUCGUGUCCUAUGUUCCUAGCUGGAGCUAGCAGCCCAUAUUCUUCUAAAUGUGUUUGUGGGAAGGGUGUUAUUGAUCUGUGGUGUUCUUGUUUGUGUUUUUAUUGUGCAUUUUACGUUUUGAUCUUGUGUUUUCAUGCUGUGAACCAUCCUGAGCUCUACAGGUGAAGGGCUGUAUGCAAAUUUAAAUACCGUAUUUUUCGCUCUAUAAGAUGCACCUUUUCCCUCCUAAAAAGUAAGGGGAAAUGUGUGUGCGUCUUAUGGAACGAAUGCAGGCUGCGCAGCUAUCCCAGAAGCCAGAACAGCGCUCCAUCUCCCUGUUCUAGCUUCUGGCUUAGCCCCUCAGUCCCUUCCCCCACCUCCCAGAAAAUCCCCCAAAAGCCGCGCUCCCUUUAAAGAGCCAUGCGGAGCUCUUGGGGGCUUUUCCCUGAGGAGGGAGAAGGGCAGCCCGUCACUGACUCCACGCGGCUUGUGAAAGGGAGCGCUGAGCAGAGCCUGGGAUGCGUACAGGCUCUGCUCAGCGCUCCCUUUAAAGAAUAUCCUUUUUCUUGCAUUCCCCCUCUAAAAAAAAUAGGUGCGUCUUAUGGAGCGAAAAAUACGGUAAAUAAAACAAUUCACCUCCUGGGCUCAAAAGGAAGCAAUCUGUCAUGUUAGCCUUUUCACUUAAGGUGGGCAGCAGCAUCUUAGUAUCUGUAACAAUAAACACCCAAAACACCAUAAAGGAAAGUCCUGGGGGGAAAGAAGGAAGGAAGGAAGGAAGGAAGGAAGGAAUAUAUGAAUGAACCACCAUUAAAUUGUUAAUUUUUUUUUUAGAGCAAAACAUAUCAACGCCUGCUUUUUCUUUUUCUGUCAUGCUGUCUGACAUACUUCUGAGUGAGUGCCAUAACUGUACCACUGAGAUAGCUCAGUUGGUAGAGCAUGAGACUCUUCAUCUCAAGGUUGUGGGUUCGAAUCCCACCUUGGGCAAAAGAUUCCUGCAUUGUAGGGGGUUGAACUAAAUGGCCCUAAAUGGUCCUUUCCAGCUCUACAAUUCUAUGAUUCUGUGACGCACACCUGUAGAGGAGGCAGUGAUUUUGUCCGGAGCUUGUCCGGAGUUUUGGGCUGGGCUGCCAUCAGUAUGCCGAUGACAUCCAACUCUAUCUGUUGAUGGAUGGCCAUCCUGACUCGGCCCCAGACACACUGAUCAGAUGUUUGGAAGCUGUGGCUGGAUGGUUAUGUGGGAGCCGGUUGAAGCUAAAUCCUUUGAAGACAGAGGUCCUCUGGCUGGGACGGGACGAUAUGGGAUUGGGGGGCAACUCCCAUCUCUUGCGGGGGCGCAAUUAGUGCCAGCAACGUCCGUUAAGAGUUUGGGUGUAAUCUUCGACACCUCCCUUUCCAUGGAGGCGCGGAUUGCAGCUAUAACAAAGGCGGCAUUUCUUCAUCUCCGCCAAGCUAAGCAGUUGGCUCCUUACCUCUCUCGCCCUGACCUAGCCACUGUGAUCCACGCGACGGUCACCUCCAGACUGGAUUAUUGUAACUCGCUCUACGUGGGGCUGCCCUUGAGACUGACCCAGAAACUCCAGCGGCUGCAGAAUGCCGCGGCGAGACUCCUUACAGGGUCCUUGCCACAGGAUCACAUUCACCUGGUGCUAUACCAGCUGCACUGGCUCCCGGUGGAGUACAGGGUCGGGUUUAAGGUGCUGGUUUUGACCUUUAAAGCCCUAUACAGCCUAGGACCCUCGUACCUACAGGACCGCCUCUCCUGGUAUGCCCCACAGAGAAACUUACGGUCUUCAAAUAAAAACAUCUUGGAGGUCCCAGGCCACAGAUAGGUUAGGCUGGCCUCAACCAGAGCCAGGGCUUUUUUGGCUGUGGCUCCGAUCUGGUGGAACGCUCUGUCACAAGAGACUAGGGCCCUGCGGGACUUGACAUCUUUCCACAGGGUCUGCAAGACGGAGCUGUUCCACCAGGCCUUUGGCCAAGACACAGCCUGACCCCCUCCUUUGGUAAUUCUUCACAGAACUCUAGCCCAAUGGUUGCAUAGCUGUCAACUUACAGAUUUGAAAAUAAGGGACCAGCAGCCUUGAAAAUAAGGGAUCAGCAGCCAAAAUAAGAGAUUUUAGUCAACCAGCAGCCAAACGAAGCCUCAAGCGGUGGUUCCCACAGCGCAGCAACCUGGCAAAGGGGAUGCAGCAAGGAAAACCACCGUCACCUCUCCGCUGGGAAGCGCUGAGCAAAGGCGAGUCCCCAGGCAAUGCGGCCAAUUUGAUUGGCACAAGGCAUGCAAGCUCCACCCCCCCAGUCAUUCUUAGACUCCUUAUUGGGUGAGCAACGCAGCCAAGCAACCCAGUUGGAGCCUCCCUCCUCCCUGGCCGGCAGGGAGGGAGGGAGAGGAGCUGCUUCCUUUGACACCCGGGAAAUUUAAGGGACAUCAUCAAUAAGGGACAGCAGCGGGACACAGCGCUGGGAUAAGGGACUUUCCCACCAAAUAAGGGACGGUUGACAGCUAUGAAUGGUUGCCAUCAAUUUGAUUUGAACUGAUUUUAUAAUGAAUUGAUUUUAGAAUGUUGUAUUAUUUUACUGUUGUUAGCUGAUCUGAGCCCGGCUUUGGCUGGGGAGGGCAGGAUAUAAAUAAAAUUUUAUUAUUAUUAUUUUCUAAGAUGAACCCAGCACUCCCCCUUUCCUCUCUUCCCCAGUUGUGACGUCCACGUCCUAUCGGGAGUAUUCCCUUGUUUCCGGAAAUGUCAGCCAAACCUUCUCUUACCGCCUGCACCAAAACAUCACAUACCAAGAGUGCCAGCAUGCCCAUCACCGCAGGCUCUUCCCCGCUGCCCAGCAGCUGACCGUGGACCGCAUCUUUGCCUUGUACAACGAGGAGGAGAGCGUGCUUCGCUAUGCUGUCACCAACCAGAUUGGACCCCUGGGAGGUAUGUUGUCUUUAAAAGCGGGUCAGGCAGAUUCACGGAAGAGGCAAUAUGCCCCCAGAUGCCAGUUGCUGGCUUCUACCCAAAUGCAAUUCUGGUUUUAAACACAGUGUAAGGAGUCCCUGGGACGCAUGGUGCUGUGGGUUAAACCACAGAGCCUAGGACUUGCCGAUCAGAAAGUUGGUGGUUCGAAUCCCUGCGACGGGGUGAGCUCCUGUCACUUGGUCCCAGCUCCUGCCAACCUAGCAGUUCAAAAGCACACCAAAGUGCAAGUAGAUAAAUAGGUACUGCUCUGGUGGGAAGGUAAACGGAGUUUCCGUGCGCUGCUCUGGUUCGCCAGAAGCGGCUUAGUCAUGCUGGCCACAUGAUCCGGAAGCUGUACGCCGGCUCCCUCGGCCAGUAAAGCGAGAUGAGUGCUGCAACCCCAGAGUCGGCCACGACUGGACCUAAUGGUCAGGGGUCCCUUUACCUUUACUUUAAGGAGUCUCUAUGGGAGUAUAUUGUAUUUAAAAAUUGGGUAUCAGAGUUUUUAGGGGGCUGCUUGAGUUGGGGUAUCUGCAAGGUUGGCAGGUGUCAGGGUUCUGGACAGAGGAGCUGAGGUGGGCAGGAGAUGGAGCGUGGGAUGGAUCCAGGACAGCGAGGAAGGAUGAUAAUGGCUCAAGAGAUUCCACCAAGUCUUUCCAGCCAGAUCAGGGUUCCCAGAAGGGCGCCGGGUCGGUCAAGCCCCAGAGGCCCCAGGGGAAGUGUCAGGGCAGGGGCCAGCUGGGCGUCCCAGGGUGUGGCCUGGGCGUCCGGACCAGCCUCCCACCCAGGUGCAGCGAAGGGGUGGGGUUUCCAGUGUCAGGGAAGCGGCUCCGGCAGUAGAAAGGAGGAGGUCGGGACGGCCAUCCUCCCCAGGAGGGCGGUGAAGGGGUAGUGGCUGUUGAAAAGGAAAGUUAGGCUGGGCAGCGCCAGUUCAAAUGUCUGAGGCGCGAGUACAGGAGCCGAGGAGGGGCUGGGUCCCAGAGGCCCGCAGGAGGGGGGCAAGAGCAGUCUGCAAUUCGCGUCAGAGGUCCAGGAGAGCGAGCCCAGCGGGCAGAAGGACCACGGAAGGAAAGAGAGAAGGGUGGAGCAGCGCAGGCCUCUUAGAAUUAGUGCAGAGGAGGGCCAGGGUUCAGAGGGACUUCCAGCGGUCUAAGCGUAGCAGACGUGGGGCUCGCUAGGAUGUCAGCGACAAUGAACUGCAUCUUGACACUUUUGUACUUAAAGGGACCUGGGUUGGUCUUUUGUGAGCUGAGACUUGAGGCAGCCCUGACAGCAGGCUUGUUGGGUUUUGAAGGUUUUAUGUAGAUUUUUCAAUUUCGAUGUAUGGGACAAUGUAUGGGACAAUGACAAUAAAGAUUAUCAUAUCGUAUCAUAUCUGCACCAUUCCCAAACCACGUUUUCACUGAGUUGGCCACAGAGGACACCGCGGGGAUGGUUUUUUGGGUGGUGGAGAAUAAUAAUACAGUCAUACCUCAUGUUACGUCUGCUUCAUGUUAUGUGCUUUCAGGUUAUGUCCUGCGGUGACCCGGAAGUACCGGAAAGGGUUACUUCCGGGUUUCACCGCUCACACAUGCACAGAAGUGCAAAAUGACGUCACGCGCAUGCAUAGAAGUGGCAAAUCACAACCCGCGCGUGUGCAGACACGCCGCUGCGGGUUGCGCUCUUUUCAUGUUGCGAACGGGCCUCCGGAACUGAUCCCGUUUGCAACCAGAGGUACCACUGCAAUAAUAAUAUAUUUAUACCCCACCCAUCUGGCUGGGUUUCCCCAGCCACUCUGGGUGGCUCCCAACAGAAUAUUAAAAACACGAUAAAACAUCAAACAUUAAAAACUGAUUGAUACAGGGCUGCCUUCAGAUGUCGUCUAAAAGUCGGAUAGUUGUUCGUUUCCUUGACAUCUGAUGGGAGGGUGUUCCACAGGGCGGGAAUGAUAAAGCUGGUGCUUUUGUGGGCUUUUGCUUGCCCUCUCCUUCGUCUCCCGGGUUUUGCAAAACGCAACCUGCGAAAAUGGCUAUCCAACGGAUCAAUCCUGGAGAAUGGAUGAGGCUUCUUCCUGGUAGCGAUGAAGUGAUUUCAGUGUUUGUGGGGCAAGAGGUAUGAAUUCCCAUGGGGGGAGAGAGAGAGAGAGAGAGAGUUGGGGUGGUCUACUGAUCACAGCUUCAUCUCCAGAAACAAAAGAUGCAGUUUGUUGUUCUCCCUCCUCCUCUCCCUCCCUCUUUCCUUAAGCGCACAAAUGAGUUCCAGAUCUCGAGUUUGUAAUCCAAGCGCUUUAUAACCUGGUUGUAAAAAUAGCCAAAGGAGGAUGAAGCUGUUUGCACAACUGCAGGACCUGGGGAGAUGGUUGGGAGGACAACCGGUCAUCUGGGCCACGGCGAGAGGGACAUACGAGCAACUUGCAAAGAUUCUGGAAGGAGAUGCAACAGUCCUGUUUUGCUUUCGUAACAUCAGAUGUGCGGUUUGUGUUGCAGGCUGGCUGAGAUCCUGCCUGCGUGGUUUUCAGAGAGAGGCCCCCUUCACUCUCGGGAGUUAACACAUCUCCGAACAUUCUGUGGCCGCGCCGAAUCCCCGCGACAGAGUGAGCUCCCGUUGCUCGGUCCCUGCUCCUGGCCACCUAGAAGUUUGAAAGCACGUCAAAGUGCAAGUAGAUAAAUAGGGACCACUCCGGCGGGAAGGUAAACGGUGUUUCCGUGCGCUGCUCUGGUUUGCCAGAAGCAGCUUAGUCAUGCUGGCCACAUGACCCGGAAGCUGUACGCCGGCUCCCUUGGCCAGUAAAGCGAGAUGAGCGCCGCAACCCCAGAGUCGGCCACGACUGGACCUAAUAGUCAGGGGUCCCUUUAUCUUUUACAGAGGGUGGUGUAUACAGCACAAUAUAUUAUGGGCUGUCCCAUGAAUCCGCUGGAUGAAAUAGCCGGCACUUUCUUGAUCUCCUGCCCUCGGGGAGAAGAUCUAGAAGCAUGAUUAGUCACACCAACAGGGUAAAGAACAGCUUCUAUCCGUGGGCUGUUAGGCUGCUGAAUGAAAAGAUAACAACAGGGCAACUGUCAGUAAACGAGGGGAAUUAAGACUAAGGGAGCUGAGUGGGGGGUGCUCGUGUAAUCUCACUGUAUACAAGUUGUACAAGUGACAACAAAGUCUUUCAAGUAUUUCAAUAUCAGUAUAUAGAUAUACAUAUAUAUGGAGUGUUCACUGGAAGGACAGAUCCUGAAGCUGAGGCUCCAAGACUUUGGCCACCUCAUGAGAAGAGAAGACUCCAUGGAGAAGACCCUGAUGCUGGGGAAGAUGGAGGGCACAAGGAGAAGGGGACGACAGAGGAUGAGAUGGUUGGACAAUGUUCUCGAAGCUACCAGCAUGAGUUUGACCAAACUGCAGGAGGCAGUGGAAGACAGGAGUGCCUGGCCUGCUCUGGUCCAGGGGGUCACGAAGAGUCGGACACGACUAAACGACUAAACAACAACAAUAGAGAUAUAGAUAUAUAUGGAGCAAUCAAUUAUUUAAGCGUACAUUGGCAGUCUGAUGUGGUUUACCACUUCACUGAGAACUGGCUACCUGUCUCCCACACCUCUCCAUUGAACUGGCUGCUAGUGAUAUUUGUAGCUGGAGACUCUUGAUCUGUGCUCUUUCGACCAGAAGGAGGGUAUCAUAGGAAGAGGAAAGAGCAAAAACAACUGCCCCUGGCUGCUGUUUGAGGUUUAAGGCCCACCUGGUUCAGCAUCCUGUUCCCACGGUGGCCAGACAGCUGCCCCAAAGCAGGACCUUUUUAAAAAAACAAUAAGUAUUUAAUCAUUUUUUCGAUACAAACAACAACCGCAAAAGACACUACAACAGAAACCACAAUAACAAUAAUAACACAAUUUGACAAUUCAGAUUUAAAUACACCGAUAUACCUAUGACUGUACCCUUUUAACAAUAUUUCCCCACUUCUCUCUCCUCCCCCCACUUCCCAGCACCAUCCGCCUUAUCGUUUAAAUAUUCAUUCCAGAUUUCUUCAUAUUUAUCCAUUCUUAAUUUGCGUCGACAUUCAUUCAUAUGUAGCUAAUCAGUCCAUAUUAUCAAUCCAUGUGCUCAAUGGAAUCUUUUUGCGGCUCUUCCAAUUCAUCAAAACAAGUUCUUUUUUUUUUGCUUCUAAUAUAGCACGGUACAUCCAUAUUUUUUUUUGAUCCCUUGAAAUCUCCCACAUUUCCGGAAUAUAAUUUAGAAUUAAAUUCAAUUCCCCUAAAUAACAAUUUCUUUUUUAUUUACUGAGUGCCCCCUCCCUCUUCGGCACUUGUGAUUCCUAGCAACUAGUAUGGCCACUGGGCCCAUCACCUCCUGGAAAAUAAAAGGGGAAGAAAUGGAGGCAGUGAGAGAUUUUACUUUCUUGGGCUCCGUGAUCACUGCAGAUGGUGACAGCAGCCAUGAAAUUAAAGGACACCUGCUUCUUGGGAGAAAAGCAAUGAAAAACCUAGACAGCAUCUUAAAAAGCAGAGACAUCACCUUGCCAACAAAGGUCCGUAUAGUUAAAGCUAUGGUUUUCCCAGUAGUGAUGUAUGGAAGUGAGAGCUGGACCAUAAAGAAGGCUGAUCGCCGAAGAAUGGAUGCUUUUGAAUUCUGGUGCUGGAGGAGACUCUUGAGAGUCCCAUGGACUGCAAGAAGAUCAAACCUAUCCAUUCUGAAGGAAAUCAGCCCUGAGUGCUCCCUGGAAGGACAGAUCCUGAAGCUGAGGCUCCAAUACUUUGGCCACCUCAUGAGAAGAGAAGACUCCGUGGAAAAGACCCUGAUGUUGGGAAAGAUGGAGGGCACAAGGAGAAGGGGACGACAAAGGAUGAGAUGGUGGGACAGUGUUCUUGAAGCUACCAGCAUGAGUUUGACCAAACUGCGGGGGCAGUGGAAGACAGGAGUGCCUGGCGUGCUCUGGUCCAUGGGGUCAUGAAGAGUUGGACACGACUAAACGACUAAAGAACAACAACAGUAUUUAAAGGCAGACCCUGUGAUGGCUAGAUAAUGCAAGCCUACCUUGCAAGGUUGCUGUCAGAAUAAAGUGAGGCCACGACAAGUAUACUCUUUUGAGAACAUUGGAGGAAGGAUAUGAUAUAAAUGUGGCAUGGAAACGAAGCAGCCAUUCCCCCUGCUCCCCUCCCCCCCAAAAAAAUACAGGGGAUGGCAGAGGGAGGGGUCUCAAGCUCUGAGUCUUCCUUACUUCCUUCUGCAUCUUCUUUUUAAAACCUGUCCGUGUGAAGUCUGGCCAAUAGCACCCGUGGAAAAAUAAAAUAACAAAAUAACGUUGGUGCCGCGCCUGAAGCACAAAGACUCCUUUGUCACCGAAUGGCACAGCUUUAUAUUACUUACCCAGGUAAAAACGAAAAUAGGAGACUCUCUGCACACUUACUGGUUAACUUAAACCGUUUACCGACUUCUAUAGAAACAGUCAACCGGGAUAAGAAAUUAGGUUAUUUGUUUGUUGUUUUGCAUGCAUUGCCUGAACACCAGCUUCUUGGUUUGGAUAUCUCAUUAUGUGAUGUUGAACAAAAUUAAUAAAAAUUAAUGUAAGCUGUACUACCGCCGAGACCACAUAACACCGGUCUUGAAAGACGUACGUUGGCUCCCAGUAUGUUUCCGAGCAGAAUUCAAAGUGUUGGUGCUGACCUUUAAAGCCCUAAACGGCCGCGGCCCAGUAUACCUGAAGGAGCGUCUCCAUCCCAAUCAUUCAGCCCAGACACUGAGGUCCAGCUCCGAGGGCCUUCUGGCGGUUCCCUCCCUGCGAGAUGUGAGGUUACAGGGAACCAAGCAGAGGGCCUUCUUGGUGGUGGCACCUGCCCUGUGGAACACCCUCCCAUUAGAUGUCAAGGGCAUAAACAACUAUCUGACUUUUAGAAGACAUCUGAAGGCAACUCUGUUUAGGGAAGUUGUUAAUGACUGAUGUUUUAAUGUAUUUGUAGUCUUUGGUUGGAAGUUGCCCAGAGUGGCUGGGGAAACCCAGCCAGAUGGGCGGGGUAGAAAUAAUAAAUUAUUAUUAUUAUUAUUACUAAAAAAACAUACACACUCUCCUUUUCUUGUCACCUGUAGAGGAUUCUGGGACAGUCACCUUGAACCCCUGCUACGAUGGCACGCACUCAUGCGACACAACAGCCCGCUGCCAGCCAGGGUCUGGUCUGGAUUACAGCUGCGAGUGCUCUGCCGGAUAUUGGGGUGAUGGCAAGGAAUGUGCAGGUAAGCAUUGCUGCUGUUACUAUUACUCCAACCUUGACCUCCCACUUUCCCAUCAAGGAGCUAAAGGCAACGCCCGUCACUCUCCCCUCUGCAUCUUACCUUCACAACGACCCUGCAAGGGCGACUAGGCUGAGGGAUAGUGACUGCCACAAGGGCACCCAGUGAGCCUAAAAGGCCAAGUGUGGAUUCCAAGAGUCAGGACAGAUAAUAAGAAGGAUUUACGUAGCGCGGAGUUAAACUGUGGAACUCCUGGCCACUGGAGCAUAGCUGUCAACGUUUUCCCUUUUUAAAGGGAAAUUCCCUUAUUCCGAAUAGGAUUCCUCGCAAGAAAAGGGAAACGUUGACAGCUAUGCACUGGAGGCAGGGAUGACCACCAAGCGAGAAGUACUGUAGUUAAUUUGUGAAUGUUCUCCCUAUAUAAAAAUAUAGCAAUCUAUGUAACAUGCCAUUACGCCAAUGAGCUUGGGGGGGGGGUCGAAGGAUGGGAACUUCUGCCCCCGCAGUUAGAGUGAUUUGAAGCCGAUCUGUGUGUGUUUAGCACGCUUAAGAGGUUAAGCCUUGGAACUUUGUUUUCCCUGGAAAACAUCUGGAUCUGUUUGGCUCUGGUGAUGUUUUUGUAGCUGGAUGGGGGAUGAACGUCCUGGCCGGAACGAGCCAUGGGGAGGGGGAGGCCGGGGGGGUGGAGGGCUGGGGAGUUGGCGGCUGUGCAGCUGAUAAUGUGAAAUGAUGCCGGAACCGCCUGGAAGAAUCGACCCGAACGUUUUUCUCCCCAUUCAUCCUGCCCCCCUCUCCUCCUCCUCAGAUGUCAACGAAUGCCAAGAGGGCCGCAGUAGGUGCAGCCCGGAGUCCGUCUGCGUCAACACGCCCGGCAGCUACCGGUGUGAGUGCCCCAGUGGAUACCAGAUCGCAGGGGACCGGGCCACUUGUGUAGGUAAGGGGCUAGUCCCUGGUGAGGAAGGCGUGUCCUCAACGAGGGAGGCGCAAACUCCGAAAUCUGGGCAGGAAGCGAUGGGGAGAAGGCGGCAUUGGGCGACUGUGGACAGUGGCAUCCCUCGACUUAGCCGUGGUUGGCAUUCUGCGCCAUCAAAGAUGCUCCUUUUGCCAUUAAAGGGGGAAAAGAGAAUUUGGAAGCUGCCUUAUACAGUCAUACCACGUGUUGCGUUAGGUUCACGUUGCGUCUUUUCAGCUUGCGAACGAUGCAAACCCGGAAGUGUAUACUUCUGGGUUUUGCUGCACGCGCAUGCGCAGAGGCGUUCUGCGCACUGUGCGUAUGCACAAAAGCAAUCUGCGUGCUUCGCGCAUGCGCAGAAGCACUCAAUCGCACUGCGCACAUGCACGGAAGAGGCGGACUUUUGGGGUGCGAACGGCACCCCGGAAUGGAUCGUGUCCGCAACUAGAGGUACCACUGUACUUUUGUUCUUUGGCACUCCUGCUGGUGCCACAUGAUCCCCAUUUUCUGCAUUUGUCUGGAUCGUUUAGUGUGGCAACUUUGGAACUCCCUGCCUGUUGAGAUCACGCAGGCGUCUUCCCUUUACUCUUUUCGGUGCCUGCUAAAAACAUUCCUGUUGGGAAAAGCUGCCCUCCCCCAGAAGCUUAGAAAGUUAAUGUGGGUUUUAGUCUUUUCAUUUUUGUAUGUAUGGCUGUACAGUGGUACCUCGGGUUACAUACCCUUCAGGUUACAUACGCUUCAGGUUACAGACUCCGCUAACCCAGAAAUAGUGCUACAGGUUAAUAACUUUGCUUCAGGAUGAGAACAGAAAUCGCACAGCGGCAGUGGGAGGCCCCAUUAGCUAAAGUGGUGCUUCAGGUUAGGAACAGUUUCAGGUUAAGAACAGACCUCCGGAACAAAUGAAGUACGUAACCAGAGGUACCACUGUAAUUGUUUUGAUUUUCUGGUUUUAUCUUUUUACAAACUGCAUUGAGGGUUUUUUUGUUUUCGUUUAACGAACAAGCUGUAUAUAAUUUUUUGUGUAAUGAAUAAGAAAACAAUCCAGUUCAGUAUUGGCUGCUCGGACUGGCAGCAGUUCUCUGGGAACUCCAGGAGACGAGGCCUCUGUCCCCAUUGCUUGCUCUCUGCGUUCUUGCAAACGUGGUUUCUAUUGCUGAGCUGCCAAGAAAUCCUUUCAGUUAGGCUUGCUCAAGAGAGCCUCCUGACGGAUCCUGCCCCAUGUGGAUUGGUGUGAGGGGGGCUGUCGUUUUGGAUUUGCGUCGCAGGUUCCCGAAAUGUCUCGAGCCAGCCCGGCCAGCUGGAGUCCUCCUUUGACCCCUUAUUUCAUGUACACUUGUGUGUCUUCUGCACAAGUCUUCUCUUGGCUUCAGUCUGGGGAGGAGUUGGUUUGCGUUGCUCUGGGUGGGCUCAAUAUAUCGAUGCACGUCCGGGCUCUGUUCUGUUUCGGAAAAGGAACAGUUGCCACCACCACCCUUUCUGUUUUUUGCAAUGGGAUUUCCUCUGUUGGCACCUCUGUUGAAUGCACCUGCAAAUUCACUUUAAAGGUAAAGGGACCCCUGACCAUUAGGUCCAGUCGUGGCCGACUCUGGGGUUGCGGCGCUCAUCUCGCUUUACUGGCCGAGGGAGCCGGUGUACAGCUUCCGGGUCAUGUGGCCAGCAUGACUAAACCACUUCUGGUGAACCAGAGCAGUGCACGGAAAUGCCAUUUACCUUCCCACCGGAGCGGUACCUAUUGAUCUACUUGCACUGGCAUGCUUUCGAACUGCUAGGUUGGCAGGAGCAAGGACCGAGCAACGGGAGCUCACUGCAUCGCGGGGAUUUGAACCGCUGACCAUCUGAUCAGCAAGUCCUAGGCUCUGUGGUUUAACCCACAGUGCCACCUGUGUCCCUAAAGUGCAAAUUCACUUUAUUGCGACGAUUACUGUAUUUUUCGCUCUAUAAGACGCACUUUUCCCCUCCUAGAAAGUAAGGGGAAAUGUGUGUGCGUCUUAUGGAGAGAAUGGAGGCUGCGCAGCUUUCACUGAAGCCAGGAGAGCGAGAGGGAUCGGUGGCUAUUGGAACGCUCCCCCUGCCUUGAAGAGGUUUGGCAUGGCUAUCCCAGAAGCCAGAACAGCAAGAGGGAUCGCUGCUUUCGCUCUCUGCGCAGCGCCCCUUCAGCAAAGCGGGAGGAGAAACGGAGCCCCUUCCAUUUCUCUUCCCGCUUUGCUGGAGAGGCGCUGCGCAGAGAGGGAGAAAAUAUUUUUUUCUUGUUCUCCUCCUCUAAAACUAGGUGCGUCUUAUGGUCGGGUGCGUCUUAUAGAGCGAAAAAUACGGUAUUUGUAUGCCGUCCUCCGUCUGUAGAUCUCAGGGCGUUCACAACACACAUAAAUACAAGAUAAAAAAAACCCAUAUAGCCACCUGUCUCUGAAAGUGGCCUUGAGCUCCAUCAUAGAAUCAUAGACUUGUAGAGUUGGAAGGGACCCUGAGGGUCAUCUAGUCCAACCCCCUGCAAUGCAGGAAUCUAAACUAAAGCACCCACGACAGAUGGCCUCCUUGCUCUUCAGCAUGGCAGUUAUGGACUUUCUUUUUCCUCCACCCCAGGUGUGGCUGGCAUGGUGAAUUUUGCAUCUUGUUGGACUCCAGCUCCCAUCAGCCCUGACCAUUGGUCCUGCUGGCUGGGGCUGAUGGGAGUUGUAGUCUGACAGCUUCUGGAGGGUGCCAGGUUGGCUACCCCUGUUCAAAUCCCUGUGCCCAGUUCUUUAUUCCUGGAAAUCACAUGCUGAUUUAGAACUUCAGCAUCACCUGGUAGAGUAGCAGGUGAGCUAUUUUUCUGCAUGCAGGGAAUGGUCAAAAGCGCCUCCUCCCCGCAAUGCCUGCCAUCUUGAAAUGGUACAGGGCAUUGUGAGGCACCUCUGUCACUGUCCUCUUCUCUGAUACAGGUGCUUCUUCCGCCCACAAGAGAAUCUCAGAGCCACUUAUAAAUACUUUUUAAAAAAUAAAAAUUCUGGGGCUGGAUUCUGUAACCUGCAUUUAUUAUGCAAAUUGAUAAUCUCUGCACUGUUUACCUUAAGUUGCAAUAUUUUGCUAUUUUUAUCUUUCUUUUGUAGUUUUUGUUAAUUGUGAGGAAAGGCUGAGGGAGCUAUUUGGUGCAAUGAGCCACUGGGCCUAUUGUUGAGCAGGUUUUGUGCAUGCACUUUCAGAGAUAACCAUGAGGUCUAGCCCCUUGGUUGUUUCCCCACCCCCUAAGGAUAGCAGCAUUUCUCAGGAAGCUGAAUUCCGCAGGCAAUAACCAUAUUCUGUGAGACCUCUGUGCUCUUGUUAAUUAUGGUCUGUGCCUAUUCCUCAUCAUUGCCUAACUUGUUUCUUGAGGGGGAAGUCUUGGGAAUGUCAGCCUUUGCAGGCGUAACAAAUACCACAGUCUCUGGAACCUCUUUUUCCCAGGCUUCUGCUGACAUCAGUUGGAAAAUUUGACUUUGGGGGUUUUUCCGGCAUGCUAUCAAUUAACUCUCCAUUUGCAGCUACAGCUAGCUGUGAAGGAAAGCAUGCAGUGGAAUGGUGUUAAUCUGGAAAAGAAGGAAGCUUGGAAGGUCUUUGUUGGCUUCUCGGCUUCUGAGAUUUUAUUGGAUAUGACACUCCUGAAUUUGGCCAUAAGGACUAGAAACGUAACUUUUUAAAAGCAAAAAUAAAUGCUGAAUUCAGCGCCAGAUUUCUAUGCUUUUGCAACUGCGGAGAGCAGCCCUGUGGGAUGUCCUGAAAUCCUGAGAAAAGUUAGCACAGCAACCUGAGGGACACACACACAAGGUUCCCCAUCCUUUCACUCUGUUGCAGAGCAAACCGGAGCCAGAUUCCUCUUGUGUGGUCCAAUCGCAUCAUACACGCAUUGAACUUGCGCAAUUUCAACCGCACGCAGUUGAAAUUCUGCCAGUGAAAUUGUGCUGGUCCCGAGGGUUACCGUGCGGCGUGGUCUGAGUCCGGUCCUAGGUUGGACAUUAUUUAGGUAUGCGACAACAGCGGCAAGAAUAUUGAUUGCACAAUAAUAGCUGACUCCUGCUUUCAUUCCUUUCCAGCCGUUGCCCCGCCAUCCGAUCCCUGCACAGACGGCACUCACACCUGCGCCCCGUCCGACCAGGCGCGAUGUGUCUACCACGGAGGAGGUUCGUUCAGCUGUGUGUGCCUCACUGGUUACGCGGGCAAUGGGCACAACUGCACAGGUAAGUGGAAGAAGAGGUUUGCCUUGGGCUUUGCCUUGUCCUUCCUCGGUGAUUCCGAGACCAGCAGGAAAUCGGUCUGGUCCUCUGGAACUCUCCCCCACUAGAGAUUCAGCGGACGCUUUAAGAACCUGCUGAAAACUUUUCUUUUCCCCCAGGCCUAUGCGGCUAAUUAAGAAUACAUCCUCCCACAUUGGUUAAUGGAUGUCCGUUUUUCUUUCUUAAUGGUUUUGUGUUUUUAUUGCUAAAAACCACUUUGAUAUACUCACUGUGACACAGGAGUAUACAAACAAAUGAAAUGAACCAAUAAACAAAAUAAAAUGUCACAGAUGGCGCAGAACUGGAACAGCAAUCACACUUGAGAUUAGAAUUACGACCUCGAAUGAUUAGGAAAUCGAUGAUUUCAACACAAUUCCGUUUAAACAUGUUCUUGCAAAGUAUCUCAGAUUUAUAAAAUCGACGACAAUUCCCAUCCUUCAAGAAUUUGCCAGAAAAAUGACACAUUGAGGUUUUGCUUAUUUAUAUAUUUAUUUGGAGAUAGAAGCUCUCAAGUGAUUAAACUGAAGGCAGAGCCCUAACAGUUCAUGGCCACGGCGUUUGUGAAGAGUGCAUCCUGCGUUUUUUCUCUUGUGUGUGAAAAUGGUCUAAAAACCUGUUCCUUUUCCUAUCAGUCUGAAGGGGAUGUGCUUUAAAAAUGAUGCCUCGUUCAUCUCUCUCUCUUUCUCUCUCUCCCUACUCUAACUCACCAUCACUUAUUACCUUCUAAAUAAUAUUAGUUUGAGAGUCCAUUAUUGCCUCUCGGACUUGACGUUUGAAACUUUGAGCCAGUUUCCCCCCUGUACCACUUUUGGAACAAGAGAGCAUUUGUCACAGAGGUCUUUUGAGGGCCUCCAGCCACAUCAGAGCAGGGCUUAGUGGCUUUUCGGCUCUGGAGAUUUUAGGGGCUCAAGAUAUUUCUUUCGCCUUUGCUUCUGAUGCCAAACUCCCAGGAAGGGAACACCUGCCUUCUCAAGCAUGUGUAAAAUUUAUAUACUGACUAUUUACCCCCCCAAAAGCACUAACCCAAUAAUAAAGGUAAAGGGACCCCUGACCAUUAGGUCCAGUCAUGGCCGACUCUGGGGUUGUGGCGCUCAUCUCGCUUUAUUGGCCGAGGAGCCGGCAUACAGCUUCCGGGUCUUGUGGCCAGCAUGACUAAGCCGCUUCUGGCGAACCAGAGCAGCGCACGGAAAUGCCGUUUACCUUCCCGCCAGAGCGGAACCUAAUUUAUCUAGUUGCACUUUUGUGCUUUCGAACUGCUAGGUUGGCAGGAGCAGGGACCGAGCAACGGGAGCUCACCCCAUCGCGGGGAUUCAAACCGCUGACCUUCUGAUCAGCAAGUCCUAGGCUCUGUGGUUUAACCCACAGCACCACCCGCGUCCCAACCCAAUAAUACCCCCCCCAAAAGAGCCACAUUUUGAAGGGUAUGGGAUGUUGAUCAGGUCAACCAAAAAAGGGAACGUUUUUGCCUGGCACCUAAAGGUGUAUAAUGAAGGCGCCAGGCGAACUUCCCUGGGGUGAGCAUUCCACAGACGGGGAGCCACUGCAGAGAAGGCCUGUUCUCGUGUUGCCACCCUCUGGACCUCUUGAGGAGGAGGCACACAAACAAAGCCCUGGGAAGAUGCUCUUAGGGUCUGGGUAGGUUCAUAUGGAAAGAGGUGGUCCUUUGAGGUAUUGGGGUCCAAAAACCAAAACCAGCACUUUGAAUUGGGCCCAGAAACUAAUUGGUAGCCAGUGGAGUCGGACCAGGAUCGGUGCAAUAUGCUCAAACCAUCUUGCUCCGGUGAGCAACCCGGCUGCUGAAUUCUGCACCAGCUGAAGUUUCCAAACUGUCUUCAGAGGCAGCCCUACGUAUAACACAUUGCAGUAAUCUAACCUUGAGGUUACCAGUGCGUAGACAACAGUAGUUAGAUGGAAAAUUCUUAUUUUGCUCCCUUGGACCCCAAUACGUCUUGGGACAUCCCUGUGUCCAAACUGCUUCCCAGGCUAUUUAUUCCCUGUAUACUCCCAGUCUUUUCUUCCUCCUCCACAGAUGUGGACGAAUGUGCGGAGAGAAGGUGCCACCAGGCAGCCGAUUGCUACAAUUCUCCCGGCUCCUUCUCCUGCCGCUGUUUCGCUGGCUACGAAGGCGACGGCUUCCGCUGCUCUCCAGGUACGGCCUCAGGGGCUGGAGAACUGGCUCUGCUCAAUUGUGAUGUUUCAGCUGCCCAACCACCCAGCGCCCUUCCGGUGGGGAGCUUGGCUGGAGGUCCCGAGGUCCUGGCCGAGGCAGGUUUCCAGACUGAGAGCUACAAUGCACACGGGAUAAAUGAGGAAGUCAGAAAGGGUUAGGGCCUCAAUUUCUAGCCUGGUUCAAAGAUAACAUAAGAAGGUAAAAAGAGUUUGCUGGAUCAGCCAGUGGCACAUUCAGUCCAGCAGCCUGUUGUAAUAAUAAUUUAUAAUAAUAAUGUAUCUAGUUAUACCCUGCUCAUCUGGCUGGGUUUCCUAACAGAAUAUUAAAAACAUGAUAAAACAUCAAACAUUAAAAACUUUCCUAAACAGGGUUGCCUUCAGAUGUUUUCUAAAAGUCAGAUACAGUGAUACCUUGGUUCUCAAAUUUAAUCCGUUCCGGAAGUCUGUUCCAAAACCAAAGCGUUCCAAAACCAAGGCGCGCUUUCCCAUAGAAAGGAAUGCAAAAUGGAUUCAUCCAUUCCGGACUUUUAAAAACAACCCCUAAAACAGCAAUUUAACAUGAAUUUUACUAUCUAACGAGACCAUGGAUCCAUAAAAUGAAAGCAAUAAACAAUGUACUGCAGUCACACAAUCAAUCAAUCAGUAGCUGAACUGGGUUCCAUGCAGUCACAAAAACAAAACAAAAAGAGCUGCAAGAACAAAAUUGCAAAAUAAUUAGCAAAAACAGGCAGAGCUCAGCGUAACACUCAAAGCGGAGCACGUUCAGCUUCCGAAAACAGUUCGCAAACUGGAACAAUUACUUCCAGGUGUGCAGUGUUUGGGUUCCAAGGUGUAUGAGUACCAAGGCGUUUGAGAACCAAAGUACCACUGUAGUUGUUUAUUUCCUUGAUGGGAGGGCGUUUCACAGGGAGGGCGCCACCACCGAGAAGGCCCUCUGCCUGGUUCCCCACAGCGGCCAAUCAGAUGCCUGUGGGGGAACCCACAAGCAGGAUUCGAACUCAAGAGCCCUCUCCCCUCCUGUGUUUUCAGCCACUGAUAUUGCUGCCUCCCAACCGUGGAGGUGCAGACGCCAUGGCUAGCACCCACUGACAGCGCUCCCCUCUGAGACUGUGUCCAAUCCUCCUCAUGCAACAGAAUGGCCUCAUGUCCGCAGAGACAUAGCCCCAUCAGGGUAGCUAGCCGUAGGACGUUGGACCAUGGUGUCGAAGGUCCGGGUUCAAAUCCGCAUCACGCCACGAAGUUCACUAGCGAUACGGUCCUAACUCCUUUUCGCCUCCACAGAUGUUGACGGCAGGGUGCAAGGAUGCUGCGCGGUUGCACGCAGGAGCAGGGCUUGUCUGCACAAACCCAUGUGGACUUUAGACAUGGAGAGAGGUUGCCACAGGCCAGAUUUUCCCGGACAUACCGUAUUUUUUGCUCCAUAAGAAGCACUUUUUCCCUCCUAAAAAGUAAGGGGAAAUGUGUGUGUGUCUUAUGGAGCGAAUGCAGGCGGGAGGCUCUUCUCAGCGCUCCCUUUAAAGAGUAUUUUUUUUCUUGCAUCCCCCCUCUAAAAACUAGGUGCGUCUUAUGGUCAGGUGUGUCUUAUGGAGCGAAAAAUACGGUAUCUGGAAUACUGCAGUCGGAAGCAGCGUCCGGGUGGAAAUCGCUAAAAAAUGUCCGGGAAAAUCUGGAUAUACGGCAAGCCAUGUCAGCAGUCUGACAAUUUACCUUAAAAAUAGCUCCAAAACUUCAUUAUUUAUUUAUUUUUUGCGAUUUUGCCAAAAAAGCUCAACACCUUUGGGCAAAACUCUGCCAAAAAAACACAAAACCCUCAACAACUUUUGUGAUAUAUCAGCUUAUCACACCAUAUGCCAACUCUAGUGGGAUUUUACCCCGAUAUUUUAGAUAUCUUGGAGACAUCAUUAACAGGAAGCCUAAGGCACCGGGCUUUUAAGCAGAGGUUGGGCAGCCAUCUGUCCUGGAUGCUUUAGCUGAGAUUCCUGCAUUGCAGAGGGUUGGACUAGAUGACCCUCGUGGGUCCCUUCCGACUCUACAAUUCUAUUAUUCUUUCUCCCGGCCGGUAGGGGGCGUGCAGAGGAUGACCCGCUGUGAACACGAGCGGCUGUACGCCAGCCAGCGAGGCGCUGCCUUCCCUGGGGCCCCCCACGUACCCGAGUGUGAUGACCAGGGGAACUACAGGCCACUGCAAUGCCACAGCAGCACCGGGUAUUGCUGGUGCGUGGAUACAGAUGGCAAGGAGAUUCCCGGCAGCCGGGUGCCGCCGUCGACUUCCCGACCAACUUGCAGGGCUCCAGGUUAGUGCCUCACCUGCCCUUCGCUAUGCUAAACUAUCUGGGGAAAACAAGGGUGGGUGCUGUUCCUCUGGGGGUCUAGGAUAGGGGUCAGCAAACUUUUUCAGUAGGGGGCUGGUCCACUGUCCCUCAGACCUUGUGGGGGGCUGGACUAUAUUUUUUUGGGGAAAAAGAAGAGCGAAUUCCUAUGCUCCACAAAUAACCCAGAGAUGCAUUUUAAAUAAAAGGAUACAUUCUACUCAUGUAAAAACACACUGAUUCCCGGACCGUCUUUGGGCCGGAUUGAGAAGGCGAUUGGCUGUUGGUUAAGGACAAUUAAAAGUAAUAGGGAAAUUAAGAAAUGUAGAUUAAGUGAUAAAGAUUGAAAAAUCUUCAGACGUGGUUGAUGGAAGUCCAAAACGUUGCAUAAGAUAAGAAAAUAUGUUAUAUGAUUGUUGGGAAUGAUAUAUUUUAUAUAUAAAGGUAAAGGUAAAGGGACCCCUGACCAUUAGGUCCAGUCGUGACCGACUCUGGGGUUGCGGCGCUCAUCUCGCUUUAUUGGCCGAGGGAGCCGGCGUACAGCUUCCGGGUCGUGUGGCCAGCAUGACUAAGCCGCUUCUGGCGAACCAGAGCAGCUCAGGGAAACGCCAUUUACCUUCCCGCCGUUUACCUUUCUUGUUCUUUAAGCAGUAAGGUAAAGGUAAAGGUAAAGGGACCCCUGACCAUUAGGUCCAGUCGUGGCUGACUCUGGGGUUGCGGCGCUCAUCUCGCUUUAUUGGCCGAGGGAGCUGGCGUACAGCUUCCAGGUCAUGACUAAACCGCUUCUGGCGGACCAGAGCAGCGCACGGAAAUGCCGUUUACCUUCCCGCCGGAGCGGUACCUAUUUAUCUACUUGCCCUUUGACAUGCUUUUGAACUGCUAGGUUGGCAGGAGCAGGGACUGAACAAUGGGAGCUCACCCCAUUGUGGGGAUUCGAACUGCCGACCUUCUGAUCGGCAAGUCCUAGGGUCUGUGGUUUAACCCACAGCGCCCCCUGUGUCCAUAUAUAUAUAUAUAUUGCUUUCGAAAGCCGUCCAUCAGCAUUUACCUUGCAGUUUCAGCUUGGAGACACCUGGUUGAAACACCACCAAGUUAAAUGUGAGCAGGGCAGAGGACUUCUUUUUCUUAUUAUUUAUUAGUGACGUCUUAAAUUUCUAGACUGCCCUUCAUCCAGGGAUCACAGGGCGAUUUGCAAUAUAGAAACACAAAAGUAGGUAUUGACCAGAGGAGGAAUGACCGCUGGGUCAUGAUUCUGUAAUAUCUGCUAAGUUUUUGGUGCUGCCAAGUUUAAGAUCUGCUGAAUUUGAAUGCAAGACUUCAGUGGCGAUGGGGGUGGAGUCUGGGUUUUGGGAAGACCUGACCUUCCAGUAUUUCUCUUUCUUUACAGGUUUGCAAACCUUGGUGUGGGUCACUUAAAACUAGCAUCUCUCAAACUUGGGUCUCCAACUGUUGUAGGACUAUGAUUCCCAUCAUCCCUGACCACUCGUCCUGCUAGCUAGUGAUGAUGGGAGUUGUAGUCUAACAACAGCCAGGGACCCAAGUUUGAGAAACACUGAUUUACACCCUCUUGGUUUUUUUGUUCGUCCUUCAGAGCCCACCCAGAGGCCGCAGACCAUGUGCGAGCGCUGGAGGCAGAGCCUUCUAGAGCACUACGGGGGCAGCCCGAGGGGCGACCAGUACGUGCCCCAGUGCGACGCCCUGGGCGAAUUCACCCCCUUGCAGUGCCACGGGAACAGCGGCUACUGCUGGUGUGUGGACGAACAUGGGCGCGAGGUCCAAGGGACGAGGUCGGAGCCUGGAGUUCCCCCCGCGUGUAAGUGCUGUGGCGUCAGAAGCAAUUCUCUGCAAAGCCUUCAGGGGAGGCGGUUUGGCAAACACAGGCAGCAUGGCUGUUUGUGGACGGACAGGGAGUCCGUGGCAGAAGACACGGGGAUGGGCAUGGUGGAGCCAUGGACGGAAAUCCUGUAAGGCUGGGGGAACUUUUUUUUCCAGCCAAGGUCCACAUUCCCUUCUAGUCAACGUUAUGGGGGCCACUUUUUUUUUUUACUUACCAUAUUUUUCCAUCUAUAAGACGGCCCCAUCUAUAAGACGCCCCCUAUUUUCGGGGACACAGAUUUGAGAAAGUUGGGGGGGGGGAGAGAGAUUUAUCCAUGUACAGUGGUACCUCUGGCUACGUACUUAAUUCGUUCCGGAGGUCCGUUCUUAACCUGAAACUGUUCUUAACCUGAAGCACCACUUUAGCUAAUUGGGCCUCCCCUCUGCUACUACGCCACCGGAGCAGGAUUUCUGUUCUCAUCCUGUAGCCCAAGGUACCACUGUAUAAGAUGCCCCCUAAUUUUUGACAUUAUUUUUUAGGGGGGAAACCUAGUCUUAUACAGUGGUACCUCGGGUUACAUACGCUUCAGGUUACAUACACUUCAGGUUACAGACUCCGCUAACCGAGAAAUAGUACCUUGGGUUAAGAACUUUGCUUCAGGAUAAGAACAGAAAUCGGGCGGUGGCAGCAGGAGGCCCCAUUAGCUAAAGUGGUGCUUCAGGUUAAGAGCAGUUUCAGGUUAAGAACGGACCUCUGGAACGAAUUAAGUAUUUAACCCGAGGUACCACUGUACACGGAAAAAUACGGUACUUAAUUACACACACACCAGUUUUAUAUCCCGCUUGAUUGCGGAAAACCGCCAAGUCGUUUGCAAAAAGAAUGACACAGCGAGAAUGUUAGUGAAAACCGUUGCGGCGUUAAUUUCAAACGAGCAAUAGAAUAAAAAACACGCCAGCAUGCUAAGUAUCUAGACAGGCUUGUCCAAGCAGAAACGUUUUUAGCAGGUGCCAAAAGGAGUAAAAAGGUGUCAAGAGGCGGGGAGUUCCAGAGGGUAUAACCGGUGAUAAUUUUUAAAAGCAGAUAAGAGGCUGGGGAAAGUAGCAGGUAAGACUGGUAUAGAAAAGACCCUCUUGCACCCUCCCAACCCUGAAUCGGAAGAAAGGGGCGGGGGCUGUGCAGGGAAGGCCCAUCAAGCAAUCUCGUAGGGUAGGCAGUAAGAACACACACAGUCCUUUGGAUACCAUCUCUGAGCCAUGUAACACCUUUUGCCUCUCCACCUGGGUGGCUCAGUUGGUUAGAGCGCGGUGCUGAUAGCACCAGGGUUUCAGGUUUGAUCCCCGUAUGGGACAACUACGUAUUCCGGCAUUUCAGGGGGUUGACCAGAUGAUCCUCAGGGUCCCUUCCAACUCUUCGAUUCUCCCGCAGGCCUGCCCAGCGUCGCCCCUCCGACUGUCCGUCCCUCUCCGCGCCCCGACGUCAGUCCGCCCUCGGCCGGGACGUUCCUGCUGUACGCCCAGGGCCAGCAAAUUGGCUACCUGCCACUGAACGGCACCAGGCUUCAUAAGGAGGCAGCGAAGACCCUGCUCUCCCUGCAUGUAAAGUAUUUUUCCUGGGGGGUGAGGGUGGGUGGGGGACAAAGGAGGAAUGGGUGGCUCUGGGGGUGGGAGGGCUGGCAAGGCCUCAGUUCAGACCACCUCUUCCCACGUCAAAAGACCACAUGUGGGGAGCAGAGGCAGGCUAACCCCGACCCUGUGCGCAGCAAUGCAGGAUUCCCCAACCUGCCGCCCACAUCUCUGGAGGUGGAAAAAAUCUAGGAUGCUGUGGUGAAUGAACUUCCCGGCUGAGUGCAGAUCUGCCUUCUGGUGGUUCCCUCACUGCGAGAAGCCAAGUUACAGGGAGCCAGGCAGAGGGCCUUCUCGGUGGUGGCGCCCGCCCUGUGGAACACCCUUCCACCAGAUGUCAAAGAGAAAAAUAACUACCAAACUUUUAGAAGACAUCUGAAGGCAGCCCUGUUCAGGGAAGCUUUUAAUGUUUAAUAGGUUAUUGUAUUUGAGUGUUUUGUUGGAAGCCGCCCAGAGUGGCUGGGGAAACCCAGCCAGAUGGGCGGGGUAUAAAUAAAAAUAAAAUAAAAAUAAAUAAUAAUAAUAAUAAUAAUAAUAAUAAUAAUAUCUGAACCUGGGUCUCCUUGCUGCAUUUGGAAGUAUCAUGAUGUUGGAAGCCCAGGGACAGAUUUAGGUUUGAUGAGGCCCUAAGCUACUGAAGGUAAUGGGGCCCUUUAUAUGUCCAGCUGUCCUUUGUCAACAACAAAUUUUUGUGUGUGUGGAAUAUAUGCUAUAUGGUAAUUGAUGGACCUAAUAUCUCAAGCCUUUUGCACAUGUUGCCAUGCAACCAGUCCAUGCAGAAUGCAGGCACCUUAUACAGUCAUACCUCAUGUUACGUUUGCUUCAGGUUGAGCGUUUUCAGGUUGCGUCCCGCGGCGGCCCUCCAGAACGGAUCCCGUUCGCAACCAGAGGUACCACUGUAUAUAGAAAUGAGCAAACCAGUGAUAUUUGAGGGAGCAGGCUAGCAGGCGGGGCCCAUGACUUCCAUCAUAGGAGCCUACACAACACAAAACACUGUUGCUGUAUGUAGGUUUUAUUUUACUUGUUUUUUAUCUUAUAUUUUGGAAAUGUACAUCCAGUUGUUUUUUCUCUUUAGAUUUUUUUGGGGGCUGCAAGACACUGGGGCCCUAAGCUUUAGCUUGUUUUGUUGUUGUUGUUUAGUCAUUUAGUCAUGUCCGACUCUUCGUGACCCCCUGGACCAGAGCACGCCAGGCACUCCUGUCUUCCACUGCCUCCCGCAGUUUGGUCAAACUCAUGCUGGUAGCUUCGAGAACACUAUCCAACCAUCUCGUCCUCUGUUGUCCCCUUCUCCUUGUGCCCUCCAUCUUUCCCAACAUCAGGGUCUUUUCCAGGGAGUCUUCUCUUCUCAUGAAGUGGCCAAAGUAUUUGAGUUUCAGCUUCAGGAUCUGUCCUUCCAGUGAGCACUCAGGGCUGAUUUCCUUCAGAUUGGAUAGGUUUGAUCUUCUUGCAGUCCAUGGGACUCUCAAGAGUCUCCUCCAGCACCAGAAUUCAAAAGCAUCAAUUCUUCGGCGAUCAGCCUUCUUUAUGGUCCAGCUCUCACUUCCAUACAUCUCUACUGGGAAAGCCAUAGAUUUACAAUACGGACAUUCGAAGGCAAGGUGGUGUCUCUACUUUUUAAGAUGCUGUCUAGGUUUGUCAUUUAGCUUGUUUAGCUUAUAUGUAAAUUCGGCACUGUAGAAGCCAGAUAUAUUUUGAAACAGAAUGGCCUCAUGUCCGCAGCGACGUAGCCACAUCAGGGUAGCUAGCUGUAGGACGUUGGACCAUGGUGUCGAAGGCCCAGGUUCAAAUCCGCAUCACACCACAAAGUUCACUAGCGAUACGGCCCUAACUCCUUUUUGCCUCCACAGAUGUUGACGGCAGGGUGCAAGGAUGCUGCGUGGUUGCACACAGAACAUGCACAAACCCAUGUGGUCUUUAGACAUGGAAAGAGGUUGUCUGAAAUACUAGGGGUGCCAAAAGUCUGGAAUUUCCCAGACAUAUCUAGAAUACUGCAGUUGGAAACAGCAUCCGGGUGGAAAUUGCUAAAAAAUGCCCGAGAAAAUCUGGAUCUGGAUAUAUGGCAAACCAUGUCAGCAGUCUCCUGACAAUUUACCUUAAAAAUAGCUCCAAAACUUUAUUAUUGAUUUUUGCAAUUUUGCCAAAAAAGCUGAACACCUUUGGGCAAAACUUUGCCAAAAACCCCCAAAACCCUCAACAACUUUUGUGAUAUAUCAGCUUAUCACACUAUAUGCCAACUCUAGUGGGAUUGUACCCCGAUAUUUCAGAUAUCUUGGAGACAUCAUUAACAGGAAGCCUAAGGCGCCUAGCUAUGCCUCAUAUCUUUUAUCCCCCCUGUUAACGGAGAAAUCUGAAGGCUCCCUCGGACAAAAAACAAGGACACCAGCCAGGAAUACCAGAGCAAAACAGCAGCCAGUAGGCUUGGUCUUUAUAGAAGACUGUCGCGACAGGACUCCCACCUGCCACAAGGUGGAACAAGAUGGAAGCCCCGAACAAAAGAGAGCCCAAACUUUUAUUAGCUGCUGACCCCCAUGUUACACCCCCCAAAACUACAUCACUAAUACAUCAUGGUUACAUCAUGAAAGCGGAGGUCUGGUGGCAGUAAUCUGAGCAUCCUGGACCCUGCCCCAUGGUUCUCCUUGCCCUCCACCAAACACCCAUGGAGUGUAACAAAAGAGAUCUUUACAUUUCCCUAUUUCCCACCCUUUUGUCUUCAUCUGGGUUUGUUAUUUCUGGAAUGGCUACCUGUCUGGCACUCAGGUAUCAGGAUGCCAGGAAUUAUCCCUCAGGCAGAGGGGUUGCUGAGUAGCUGAGCUUACAUGUCUAUAUGAAUUUCUGAAGUUUUCCCAGUGAGCCAGUACAGAGAUACAUUGAUCAGUGAAUUCUUACAUUUGGUAUCGUGCAGCAGAGGCCCUUUGAAUAGAUAGGAAGAAACUGUGAUGAAGUGUUUGUGGGGACAAAUCACAAAAGUCACAAAAGCGAUUGUGCUGGUUUUGGUAGUGGGCUGCAUGUGCAUGAUAUCUGCUGGAGGGGCAACCCCCCCCCAACCUAUACAUAAAUUCCUGCAACACCCCCCAAUAUGUUUCACAACUUAAACCCUUUUUGAGUACAUGCCCUUGAAAGCUGUUAAAAUGAAGAAAAUAGAGACAGAGAGAUUUCACAGUGAAAGUUGUCUCACUGACACACAGCUUUCAAAAUUGGGUUCUGGUCCCACCAUGGGAAAAGGUCUGGGAUCCAUUUCCCCUUCCUUCCACAAACCUUCCUGUGCCUUUAAAUACUGCUCUGAAGAAUCCCACUCAGAGACUAUUCCUCUCAAACGGUUAAUAUUAUUUGCCCAGAUUUUUAAGGAGCUCCCAGCCAAGAAGUGUUGGCAAACAAAGCUUCCAGGAAGCUAUUGGGGGGGUGGUUUGUUUUCACCGAAAGGCCGCUGUCCUCCAGACCACCUCUUCAUGGUCAGAGAGAGAGCACUUAAAACGUGAAAUAAAACAAAACCCCAGCCCAGUGGGGAAUCGAGCAAAUUCACAGAAAAUUAAAACAGGCAGAGAGAGAGAGAGCAGGACCUCCAGCGUUUCCGCAGGGAAGAAUAUCACCAGUUGAGCAAAAGUUUUUCCCGAAGAUGCAGCUCUCUGGAGAUCGUGGACUCAUUGAAACACUUUUCUUGCUCUCAAACAGAAAGUUAACAAAGAAACUGUGUAUGUGUGUGUUGAGGGAGGACAGAAUACACGGAAUUGAAUGGUAAAAGGUGCUGAUAUUUUUGGAGUUAUUUGCAGGGCCGAGCCAGGACAUUUUGGCGCCUGAGAAAGGAUACCCAAAGUGCUCCAUUGGGGCCAUAGCUGUCGACAUUUCCCCUUUUUUAAAGGGAAAUUCCCUUAUUCUGAAUAGGAUUCCUCACGAGAAAAGGGAAAAGUUGACAGCUAUGAUUGGGGCAUCUGGUUGGGCACUGUGGGAUCGGGACGCUGGAUUAGAAGAGUCACUGGCCUGAUCCUGUGGCAGGGCUCUUUCCAGGGUGCUCCCCCCUGCCCCCAAACAAACAAAACACAGCAGGGAGCGGACAGACACAGGCUAUUAGUGCAUUUCUAAUCCAGCGUCCCGAUUUGCAUUUAUCGUGCAUUAGUGACAUUCAGAAGCUUUGGGCCAAAGUUCAUAAAAUCAUGCACGAAGGUGGAUAGAGAAAAGGCCCCCCCCCCAUCUCUCAUAAUGCGAGAACUUGUAGACAUGUAAUGAAGCUGAAUGUAGGAAGAAUGUAGGUGCAUGCUCUGGUUAUCUCCCGCUUGGACUACUGCCAUGCGCUCUACGUGGGGCUACCUUUGAAGGUGACUCGGAAACUGCAACUAAUCCAGAACGCGGCAGCUAGACUGGUGACUGGGAGCGGCCGCCGAGACCACAUAACACCUGUCUUGAAAGACCUACAUUGGCUCCCAGUACGUUUCCGAGCACAGUUCAAAGUGUUGGUGCUGACCUCUACAGCCCUAAACGGCCUCGGUCCAGUAGACCUGAAGGAGCGUCUCCACCCCCAUUGUUCUGCCCAGACACUGAGGUCCAGCGCUGAGGGCCUUCUGGUGGUUCCCUCCCUGCGAGAAGCCAAGUUACAGGGAACCAGGAAGAGGGCCUUCUCGGUAGUGGCGCCCGCCCUGUGGAGCACCCUCCCACCAGAUGUCAAAGAGAAAAACAACUACCAGAUUUAUAGAAGACAUCUGAAGGCAGCCCUGUUUAGGGAAGCUUUUAAUGUUUAACAGACUACUGUAUUUUAAUACUUUGUAGGAAGCCACCCAGAGUGGCUGGGGAAACCCAGCCAGAUGGGCGGGGUAUAAAUAAUAAAUUAUUAUUAUUACAGUGGUACCUUGGGUUAAGUACUUAAUUUGUUCCUGAGGUCAGUUCUUAACCUGAAACUGUUCUUAACCUGAAGUACCACUUUAGUUAAUGGGGCCUCCCACUGCCACUGCGCCGCCAGAGCACAAUUUCUGUUCUCAUCCUGAAGCAAAGUUCUUAACCUGGGGUAAUAUUUCUGGGUUAGCGGAGUCUGUAAUCUGAGGUACCACUGUAUUAUUAUUAUUAUUAUUAUUAUUAUUAUUAUUAUUAUUAUUCAGAUAAAAGGAAGUCAUCCUUCACAUAGCGCAGAGUUAAACUGUGGAACUCCCUCCCACAAGGCAAAUUCAUGGGGGAGAGGACUAUCACGGCUACUAGCCCUCUGCUCUUCCUCUGCAGUUGGAGGCAGAGAUGAUUCUGAAUCCCCGUUGCUGGAAUCCACAGGAGGCUCUUGUACUCAGGUCCUGCGUGUUGGUUUCCAAAAGGCUGGACUAGGUGGGCUACUGGCCUGAUCCAGCAGCCUCUUCUUAUGUCUGAGGCAAACACCUGAAUCUGUUGAAUGCCCAGUUGAAAUGCAUAUUCAGGGUACAUGAAAUUUAUUACGGUCAGAGACCAGCUUGAGGAACACAAAUGGAACUACAAUCCCAAUAGCAAAACAAACAUUUAAAACAAUAUACAACAAUGGAUUUUUAAAAGUGCAAUAGGCAUAUAAACACAUAAAAACUUUAAAAUAGACUACCUUAGAGAAAUGAUCCAACGUCGCCCAUGGAUCCGGGUUUGGGAAUUUUCUUAACAAACUAGAAUGAAUCGGGGGGUGGUCUGCGCCUACAGAUCUGUGCGCAGAAUCUGGCGACAAUCCGGGUCGUCUUGUGGUCUUUGCCUAACAGGAGAAGAUCAAAUUUUUGCCUUACUGGGAGGUCAGCAAGCCUCACCGGCAGGGGGUCAAUGGUUUCUCUACAAAGGGACAUCUAAAAAAUAUGUGUUCAGGGCUUCCUAUAUCCCCCAAUGGACAGGCGCAAAUUCUCUGGUCAUAUGGGACUUUUUUAAAGGAUCCUUCCAAGACCGGCGAGGGCAGAGCCGAGCUUCUGGCAAGUGUGAAAGCCCUUCUUGCAUUUUUGGAUACAAGAAAAAAGAGAGAUGCUGCUGGUGCAACUAUAUCUCUCUCGAUUUCUACAAUUUUGUAGUCAGGGCGCCUUAAGCAGCCCUGUUGUCGCUCGGUGUCUAUAAUUCUUUGCCUAACUAAUGCUUUUGCUUGGCCCAAGCCCAGACUUAGAAGGACUUGAGGGGCAAAACCCAGUUUCUGAAGAGUGUUCAUAUUCAGUGUUUUUCGCAUUGGCUGCUAAAUUAAACCAGUGCAGUCAGUUAUUGACAACUCAUCUAGCAAGCAGGUGGUUCCUUGUAAGUGCCAGAAGCAGGAAAUAGCGACCGGAUUUCUUGGAUUUCUUGGAAGCUGAUAAUAGCCUUGCCUCAAUGUCUGGCUGUUCCUCUGUGUGUAUAUGUCCCCUCUAGGGUUCCAUCGUGGUGGGGAUUGACUAUGACUGCAGGGAGAAGAUGAUGUACUGGACGGAUGUUGCUGGAAGGACCAUAAGCCGGGCGAGUCUGGAACAAGGGGCAGAACCAGAGACGAUUAUCCAAUCGGGUAUGUGAAAAUUUCUUGUUCUUUAAGCAAUAAGGUAAAGGUAAAGGGACCCCUGACCAUUAGGUCCAGUCGUGACCGACUCUGGGGUUGCGGCGCUCAUCUUGCUUUAUUGGCCGAGGGAGCUGGCGUACAGCUUCCGGGUCAUGUGGCCAGCAUGACUAAGCCGCUUCUGGCGAACCAGAGCAGCGCACGGAAAUGCCAUUUACCUUCCCGCUGGAGCGGUACCUAUUUAUCUACUUGCACUUUGACGUGCUUUCGAACUGCUAGGUUGGCAGGAGCAGGGACCGAGCAACGGGAGCUCAUCCCGUCGCAGGGAUUCGAACCGCCGACCUUCUGAUCUGCAAGUCCUAGGCUCUUUGGUUUAGACCACAGCACCACCCUUUUUAAGCAGUACGUCGUGGAAAAUUUAAUAUAAAGUGAUUUAAAUAGAUUUUUUUUAAAAAAAUUAAAUUAUAUUGCUGUUGCUACUGAUAACUUGAAUGGAAAUGUAGUUUUACCUUAUGAGUGUUCCUUUUUUCAUUUGACUUUUCGAAACUCCUGCCAUGAAAGACAAACUGGAAUCGGGUAUGUGGCUCGCUUCCUCUGGGUUCCUAGUCCACGUUGGAGGUUGUGAAAUACUGCCCCCACCCCUGCUCAUAUUUGCAAAGUCAGGAAACUUCCCCUAAAAGGGAAACUUGGCAGAUUUUUGCUCCGAAGGAGUCUGCAAAUCUCCAGGGAUUGUUCUGGAGGAAGCAGGAUAAGUGCAGGACGCACCUAUCACAUGCAAUGCCCAGGGCAGGUGGGUGGGUUGGGCAGAAUAGGUAUUUUGCAGCAGUUGAAGGUGUGCUUUGUAAAUGCCAGGCUGCAUUUCUGAAAUGUUCAUUGAGGGGCACCAAGAGGCAGGGAGGACUUUGAGGUGUGCCAGACUAUCGGGCUUCGGAAAUCUGGUAAGGCUGGAUCAUUAGUUUUGUUGAAUUAGCUAAGCUAAACAGUCUUAACUGGAUGUUGAAUAAAUGUGCAAUUAAUCAUAAUCUGGUGAACUGGGUUCGCUUCCUCGCUCCUCUACAUGCAGCUGCUGGGUGACCUUGGGCCAGUCACACUUCUCUGAAGUCUCUCAGCCCCACUCACCUCAGAGUGUUUGUUGUGGGGCAGGAAGGGAAAGGAGAUUGUUAGCUGCUAUGAGACUCAUUCGGGUAGUGAUAAAGCGGGAUAUCAAAUCCAAACUCUUCUAAUUGUGACUGUUUUGAAUUGCAUUGCGCAAUUCCUUAUUGGAUUGUGCAAACUGCUCUUGUGCAUAAUGGUUUUUAUAGGUUUUCUCACUUCCCAGAAACCUGGAAGUGGCAUGAUGAACAUGCAGGCUGUACCCCUUUCUUAAAACCUUGAGGUCAAUGAAUCCUUGAGCCUCCAUCAAAGUCUUUUCUGGACUUCUCAUCCCGCAGGGCUGAUGAGUCCAGAAGGCCUCGCCAUCGACCACCUCCGAAGGACCAUGUUUUGGACAGACAGCGGCUUGGACAAAAUUGAGAGUGCCCGGCUGGACGGCACAGAGCGCCGCGUCCUCUUCGCCACAGACCUCGUCAACCCUCGUGCCAUCACGGUGGAUCCCAUUCACGGGUGAGUGGCAGGCCCCACAGAGAAGCAGAAGGGAAAUUUCUGAAGUCGUUUUGUGACAAUGACACAGUCUGAAGAGCAUCUCCUUCUGCCGUUUUUGCAUCGAUUGCAAAACAACGCAAAUGAACCAGGGUUUGUGCGGGUUUUAGGCUGCAAUCUUAUACCUACUUAUUUGAGAGUAACCACGCUGAACUUACCAUAUUUUUCCGUGUAUAGGACGAUGCUUUUUGCAAAAAAAAAAAGGCAAAAAUUGGGUGUCGUCUUAUACACGGAUAGGGACGCGGGUGGCGCUGUGGUCUAAACCACAUAGCCUAGGACUUGCCAAUCAGAAGGUCGGCGGUUCGAAUCCCCGUGACGGGGUGAGCUCCCAUUGCUCGGUCCCAGCUCCUGCCAACCUAGCAGUUUGAAAGCACACCUGUGCAAGUAGAUAAAUAGGUACCACUCUGGCAGGAAGGUAAACAGCGUUUCCAUGCGCUGCUCUGGUUCGCCAGAAGCGGCUUAGUCAUGCUGGCCACAUGACCCGGAAGCUGUAUGCAGGCUCCCUUGGCCAGUAAAGUGAGAUGAGCGCUGCAACCCCAGAGUCGUCCGCGACUGGACCUAAUGGUCAGGGGUCCCUUUACCUUUUACCUUAUACACAGAUAGUGAAUGCAGAGGGGGGACGUGCGAUGAAUGGCAGUAGCAAGCAGGAGAUUGGCAGUGGCGAUUGGACGGGUGAUUGGUGGCUGUGGCAAGGCCUGCUGGCAACUGGCUGUGGCGAGGCGGGCAGGCAACUGGCAGCUGCGGCAAGUGGGCAGGUGGGCUAUUGGUGGUGGCAAGCGGGCAGACGAUUGGCAGCUGCGGCGAGGUGUGUGAUAGGCAGUGGUGGGCAGGCGGGUGAGCGACUGGCGGAAGUGACCUCCCCCACCCACUCCAAAAAGCUAAACAACUUAAUUUCUAAAUUUGGGGUUAAAAAAAAUAUGGGCCGUCUUAUACAUGGGAGCAUCUUAUACAAGGAAAAAUACAGUACAUCUUCAAUUUAAAAAACAAUGGGAAAAAUAAAAGGGCAAAAUGAACAAGGGGAUGGAGCAACCCCUCUAUCAUAGAAUCAUAGAGUUGGAAGGGAUCUCCAGUCUAGUCCAACCCGCUGCAAUGCAGGAAUCCUGGCCACAGCUGCCCCUGGGUGGGUUUGAAUGACUUCUGGGUAACAGCCAGACACAUUGGCCCAUUGUGCCACAUCAUCACUGAGCAGACAUGCACAGGGUUGUACAGGUAAUAAUUUUGAAGUGCAAUCUCAUUAUUUUGUUACCCGUUCAACAACCCUGUAGGGUAGACCAGUACAGUGGUGCCUCGCAAGAUGAAAAGAAUCCGUUCCGCGAGUCUCUUCGUCUUGCAGUUUUUUCGUCUUGCGAAGCAAGCCCAUUAGCGGUUUAGGGGAUUAGCGCUAUUAGCGGCUUAGCGGGCUUAGCGGAUCAGCUGAUAAGCGGCUUAGUGGCUUAACGGAUCAGCUGUUAAGCGGCUUAGCGGCUUGGGAAAAAGGGGGGGGAGGAAAAAACCCCGCAGGAACUCGCAAGACAUUUUCGUCUUGCGAAGCAAGCCCAUAGGAAAUUCGUUUUGCAAAGCACCUCCAAAACGGAAAACCCUUUCGUCUAGCGGGUUUUCCGUCUUGCGAGGCAUUCGUCUUGCGGGACACCACUGUAUUGUCAUUAUCCCCAUCUUACUUGCAAUUGGAGAGCCGAGGCUACAGGCAGAGGAGAGAUCCAGCCAGGGGGCUUUUCAGUGUUUGGUCCCUUAGCUAUAGCAGCUCACCAGCACUGUCAGUUUCACUCUGAUGCCUAUUCAGACUGCUUAUAUUAGCAAGAUUCGAACCGCCCACUUUCUCAUCAGCAAGCCCAAGAGGCUCGGUGGUUUAGACCACAGCACCACCCACUGAACUCCCGUUGCUCUGUCCCAGCUCCUGCCAGUUUGAAAGCACACCAGUGCAAGUAGAUGAAUAGGUACCGCUGUGGUGGGAAGGUAAACGGCGUUUCCAUGCGCUCUGCUUUCUGUCACGGUGUUCUGUUGCACCAGAAGUGGUUUAGUCCUGCUGGCCACAUGACCUGGAAAGCUGUCUGUGGAAAACGCCGGCUCUCUCGGCCUGAAAAGCGAGAUGAGCACCGCAACCCCACAGUUGCCUUUGACUGGACUUAACCGUCCCAUGGUCUAUUAUCUUUUUUUAACCUUUAAAAAAAUGUCCCCGUCGUUAUUUGUUUCCCCCCUUUUUCUGUUACAACUGUAAAAAAGCAAAACAGAAGUCAGAUGCCAAGACCAGCACUCUAACCAGCAGGUAUUAAUCCCCAGAGGUUUGGUAACACAACAACAAAAAGCAUUUUUGCCUUCUUUCCAAAAACUCAAAGGGAGUCAGCCAGUGGUGCAGAUCUCAGGAAUUCCUCAAGUGCAAGAGGUGCUCACAGAAGCUUUCCCAGGCACUCACAGAGUCAUAGAAACAGAGUUGGAAGGGACCGCCAGAGGUCAUUCAGCCCAACCCCCCUGCAAUGCAGGAAACUUCAUUGUAAUUUGUGGAAGAAGCUUUUCAGUUGAAGCCAAUAAAAUAAUUACAGUGUAGGUUUGGUUCUGGUAUGUGUGUGCCUGUUUCAUGUCCAUGACAGCUGUUGACCCCUACCUGGGAAGAGGUGAUGAAGGAACUUCCCGAAAUAAUGGGAGUAGCCAGCACACGAAUCUCGGGUCUCACUUUGUUUGUGUAACCACUUUGAUGCGCAGCCAACCGUAGUUGCUCUUGGCAUCUCCCUCCAGGAAUCUGUACUGGACGGACUGGAACCGCGAAGCGCCCAAAAUCGAGACGUCCACUGUGACUGGGGAACACAGGCGGAUUUUGGUCAACCAAGACAUUGGGCUGCCCAAUGGCUUGACCUUCGACCCCUUCUCCAAACUGAUUUGCUGGGCAGAUGCAGGUAAGGGGCAUUUCACGGAGAGAAAUGGAGGGGGUCAGGAAUCACAAUCGGGCUUUUAAGGACCCAGCAGUCAAGAUCUACCACAUUCAGGGCUGCACUUUAUGUUAACAUAAUUGGGUUGCCUGCAUACAGAACCUCAUUUAUUUCCUUGAAACCUGUGUGUAUAAACCUUGACUAUAAAGGUUGAGAGUGUGCUCUUAAAAACCAGAAAGGAUCUGACUGUGCGGCGUAUUUUAUUUAUUUUAUUCCCUUGCAUUUAUACCCCAUUUCCCUCCAUUAUGGAAGCCAGAUUGCGUCCAGGCGCUAACCCACUCAAAACAUUGACCAGACCUGGAGCUGCUUAGCUCAGCAAGGUGGUGGCUUUGUGAACCUUCAGACCAGCUUUCCUCAACCUCGGCCCUCCAGAUGUUUUGAGACUACAAUUCCCAGCAGCCCUGACCACUGGUCCUGCUAGCUAGGGAUCAUGGGAGUUGUAGGCCAAAAACAUCUGGAGGGCUGAGGUUGAGGAAGCCUGCUUCAGACCAUAACCUGGGACACACAAAGGUGAUGUGCAGGCAUUAGGAAAAUGAUAUUUCAGGAACGCUUGUCUCCUGUUACAGAUCACCUAACUAAAGACACCUCCCUCCCUUUCCCAUAAGCAUUCUGGCGCUUCCUGCCCACAGUCCGUCUUUUUAGGCUAAUGCUCCACUCACAAUGUGCCCCCCCCAAAAAAGGGAUGCCCAAGUCAGUCCUUCACUUAAGGUCAGCCCAAUUCUGCAACCCAAAUCAUCUACCGUAUUGGCCCGAAUAUAAGCCGCACCCAAAUAUAAGCUGCAGCUUUAAAAUUGGAGGUGGGGGAAAAGACAAAAUACCCGAAUACAAGCCACUUCAUUCCUCGCUGCUCCUGGCUGCAUACUGGUGGCGGGGGGGGGGGGAGACGUGGUGCGUGUUUCCCCUUCCUCGCUCUCUCCCUUCCCAGCCUUGGGGGAAGAGGACAGGGGGCUACGCGCAGGGCGGGCGCCGGUUUGCCACGCUCCUGGCUGCAUACUGUAAGGUCGCGAAUAUAAGCCGCACUUUCACUUUUUACAUUUCGAAAAAAGUGCGGCUUAUAUUCAGGCUAAUACGGUAUUUGCAAUUAUGGACCUGAGCAAGGAAGAGAAUGCCCCCAAUUUAACUCUCCCUCUUUUUGGUUUGGAAAAAGGAACCAAGAAGCUGGAAUGCGCACUGCCUAACGGGACGGGGCGUCGCGUCAUCCAGAACCACCUCAACUAUCCCUUCAGCAUCGUGAGCUACGCCAAUCACUUCUACCACACGGACUGGAGAAGGUAGGUCCCAAAGGCUGGGAGAAAAGCCUUUUUCAACAUAAAGCUGAUUCCACCUUAAGUGACCUGCAAGUUUGGGUUGAUGUUCUUCUCGCACUAUGAAGGUAUCCACACACUUGGCCCAACCAUUCCGGAUGUGAAAAAGUCACUACACGGGAGAGUUUGUCAUCUCCUGCAUUGCACAGGAAAAGUGUCUUGGGAAGAACUGUAGAAUCAGGCCUCAAAAAAUGGCUCACCCGCUGGUGUUUGGGGAACCUGGGCCAGUUGAGGGGGUCAGACUUAACUCUGACCACUCACAACACUUUAAAAGAGUCUUGCAUUAGCUGGGGUCAUUUUUCAUCAUUAUGCCUCUUAAUCUAGCCACUGCUCUUGAAGGAAUGAUGUUGCCCUGGAUGAAAACCAUUUUCCCUCCCCAAUUUUCUGCUCAGGGAUGGCGUCAUAGCUGUGAACAAAGACAGUGGUGCUUUUACAGGUGAAUAUCUUCCAGAACAGCGAACACAUCUCUAUGGAAUAACAGCCGUUCACCCAUACUGCCCAGGAGGUAAGAUCUGGGGUUUUGCCAGAAAUGUAUGUUGCUUAACCACAAGCAUUUUCUGCUCCCUGGGAAAAUUCUUCUUUUUAGUGAUUUUUCUCAGGGCUGUUGCAAAACUGUUCUUGCUGCUGACAUCACAGUGCAGUAGAACAGGAAACAGCCAGGACUGAGGGCAAUUUACCUCUAAAAAGGUAAAGGGACCCCUGAUCAUUAGGUCCAGUGGUGACUGACUCUGGGGUUGCGGCGCUCAUCUCGCUUUACUGGCCGAGGGAGCCGGCCUACAGCUUCCGGGUCAUGUGGCCAGCAUGACUAAGCUGCUUCUGGCGAACCAGAGCAGCGCAUGGAAACGCCGUUUACCUUCCCGCCGGAGCAGUACCUAUUUAUCUACUUGCACUUUGACGUGCUUUCAAACUGCUAGGUUGGCAGGAGCAGGGACUGAGCAACGGGAGCUCACCCCGUCGCGGGGAUCUGAACCGCUGACCUUCUGAUUGGCAGUCCUAGGCUCUGUGGUUUAACCCACAGCGCCACCCGCGUCCUCUACAUCUGAUUAAUUCCUAUCAGAUCUGCACUGUGGGAUUCCUAGCAGAAAUGUGCUGUGAACUCAGCACAUCGAUAGGAUUCCUGACUGGGCAGUGAGUGAAAAGGAAGAUCCAGCUAAAAACUAAACGGUGCCAAAACUGGGGCCUUGCAACAAGUUAUAAAAACCUUGCAAGGGUAGGAUGUUUUUCGCAGAACAUUUUGGCCUCCUCAGAAGUGCGUCAACUUAUAUCUUUUAUUCGGCAGAGAAAAAAUGGUUUUUUGGCCAUCAGAGAGGCAUAUCACCACCUAUGAACUACACACACACACACACACACACACACACACACACACACACACACAGCUGGGAGGGACAGGAAGGAGUUUGCAUCUUCUUUACCUUAAGAAUUGUCUUCCUUCAAGUUAACCCUUGCUGCUUCUCUUUUUGCAGGAAGAAAAUAAGCUACUGGUACUUGGGGCAGAAGAAAUGACCGGGGGGGGGGGGGGAGAGGCAGCUGGAAGGAGACUCCCACUGAGAAGAUAUUAUUGUACAGAGUGCAAAAGACCCCUCUCCCAACUACAUGAAGACAACCAGCAAUAUGUACUGAAGGGAAUUAAGCGGUUUAACUUAGAGCAAAAUUAUCCAGUAUUUUUUAAGUUAUACCUCAAAUCUUUUUACUACUGUAUUUUUUUUAACUGAAAACAUUUUUUUUAUGUAUUGCCAAGAUGAAAUGGUGCUAUACCCUUUUGCUGAUGGGAGCAACUUUGUAAAAAAAUAAUAAUUAUGAACAUAUACAUUUAUCCUUACUCUAUUGUUAUUUUAUUAGAAAACACAAGAGACUCUCUGCUUUUAAACGGGUGGCGUGGCAGCAAUCUGUAUAGGGACUCUAUCUGUAUGUACGGGAAUGGCUUCUGCAAAAGUGCCUUAAGAAGUCCAUGUUGGUUUUUUAAAGAGCUCUGGUUGUACGAGAAAGGUGGAAGUAGUUUAAGAGCCAUGCAAAGGGUAUUUUGCAAAAUCCAAUGCCCACGUCCACCUCUCGCCUCUUCUGACUGUUUUUAGUAUUUAUAUGAGAAUAUGCUAGAAUGAACUGGCUCAAAUCUACCCUCCCCACCCCCCCAGGGCUCUGCGCGAGUGAGGUGUAUGUGCCAACACCUGACUGAAACUUCUGGUCUUUUCUAGGCUACUCCAUGAAUUUAAUAAUAAUAAAAAUAAUAAAUUUUCUAAAUUUUC